AUGGAGAAAGUUAAACGAGGUGAGGAAACAAACGCUCCCUUUCUGUCAGCCAUGUGUUUGAGCAAGGCAUGCAGCAAGGGAAGAUGCAUUACAAUGGAGACCAAAACACUCACUCACAGCAGAGCCCAGAUCAGUCAAGUAGAAGGAAAAUUGGGCGCUGGUCACCCAUGUAUUUUUGGUUGGUCCUAUUAUUGAUGCCAUUAAUUUAAAGCUACAGAUAUUAAAAACUGUAUCAUGUUGACUAGAAAAAAUCCCUAUUGAACAAAGUAGCAGACAGUACACAGUUUACUCUUGGCCGCAAUCAAAUACAAUGUUUUGACUGAGAUUUUCUAGAAGUAUUUUCAAAAUAAGAGCUUUGUUACCUUAACCUAAGUGAUGAUUUGACUGAGCAGCUUUCACUUGUAUUGUAGUUAAAUUUGACUCAGUGAUUUUAUACCUUGACUUCACCUCUUUGUCCACUGCUGUGAAGCAGUUGAAAUCGCACGUCAUAUAGAGAGGCUAUCGUCCUGUUUGCAGUAGGCUCAGUUUGUAGCCUCGACUCUUAGCUGCUUAUCUUGCCCUGCUCUCUACUCUCAUUAUUUCCUGUCUCUCCAAACCUAUAUAAGGGGAAAUAGCCUGAAAGAAUAGCUCCAUGAAAUAGCCCCCUCCUUUGAAAUUUUACUCUUUUUUUCUUAUGCUAAGUUCCCACUUUCCCCCAUGUCUAGUGGCCCCUGACUACAGAAGCCAUGGAUGAUCAAAGGGACAGGCUCCUGGUGUUAAAAUAUUUUAGCACCUGUAUCCUCACCUACAUAUACCACAUAUUAAAACCUGACAUAAUGCUAAACAAAAUAAAUCAGUAUCACCUGGUUUCCAGGUUAUUUGAGUCCUUUUUUUUACUGAAUCCUGAUUAUACUACUUUGGACAAAAAUAUUUGCCAAGCAGGUGAAUACUCUGCUAAAACUCUAUUGUUUUUCUAAGAUCAUUCAUUAUCAUAAGUAUGAAAAACUUGUAGUACAAAUGUGUCUAAAUUCUGUCUGUGUUUCUGCAGGAGGAACACUAAGGUUCAUGCUGAUGUAUUCACAUUUUUUCUUUCCCGAAAAAGCGCAUCAUAAGCAAUUGGAGCAGGUUGUCCUCCUUUAGAGCCCCCUUACCAAAACUUAGCAGAUGCUUUUAAACACAGUGUAAAGCACAGAGAAUUAUAGGAUCAGGACCCAUUUAGGGCAGACACCUCCUUUUUGCCAAAUUAAAUAGCUCUUUAAAAAACACAAACAGAGUUAGGGAAACUGAAUCUGUCUUCUCCUGAGCAAACGAACUGCCAAGCCUGGUACGAAAAUAAACAUGAGCUUUAAACUCUGGUUGGAACAGUAGCUGCCAGGGUGUAGAUCAACAUAAAGCACCAUCACAUGUUCACUUUCCCUCUGGAAACAGCACACCACAAAACAUGUUGCAUUAACCAUUGGUGCGUUGUCACAAGGGUUGCAUUUAAAAAAGUCUGAGGGAGGAUUUUAACUUGGUGUUGGAGUGGUCAACCUGCAACAGACAACUGCAUAUAAGGUUUGUGAAACCUAAUAAUUACAAGCAGAAAAUUGUAGACUGCUUGGUUUCCCAUUAAGAUCCAAGAGUAAAGCCUGGUACCAUUUUUCCAUCUGCCUCACAAUGAUCGUUAAUGCGAGCACAUUGAAACAGGAGUGUGUCCUGUGAUGUAGACAUGACGAAGGCAGAAGUUUAUUUAAGACCACAAGACGUAUGAUCUAAAAGUCUCUGUAUGAGGACUUCUUGGUUGUGAUUUGCUUGAUUGGAUAUAGGAAUGUGGUGACUGACCAUUAUUCAUUCUUGAGAUUUUCUAUAUGGCAUCCAUUAUGAGGGACCAGAGUGGGAAAAAAUCCUUACUGACAUGUAGCACAUUACUGAGUUCACGGUAAGUAAUUCCAUACGGGGAACUAGGCUUUGUGUUUGAGCUGGGUGCCGAGAGACAUGGCUUUGCAACAAAACUGUAAGUGUGAGUUUUGCAGCGUUCCGUUGUCGUCCAUCUUGUGGCGUGUGGCUUUAGUUUCCACAUUAGUCUUAUUUCCCACUAUUGCUACUGGCACGACUUGACCUGCAUAAUGCUCAGCCAGAGAUCUGGAAAAGUUCGAAUGACUCACUUGAGCUCAGACAGAAACAUUUACUUCUCUCCCUCUCUGUAUGUGGCUCUAUAAUAUGUUUUACUUCCAUAUAUAGAGUUUAUUCAAAUUAUUCCUGGGCCUUAAAAUUGAUUGUAUCAGCUGCUGCGUAUUUAUUUUGGUUUUGGAAAAAUAACUGGUUAAGAACAAAUAAAACAGAGCUGGAUUGUAUGCUGCUGAGGAAAAUGAAGUUAACUACUGGCAUCGUCUCCUUGAGCCACUGGAGAAUUCAUGGUUACUGUGAUGAUUACUUCCCUUUCAUACUCCUCACUUGUUUUGGACCUCCAUGGUGGAUCCAGUAGCAAUAGAUGACUGAAGCACAGUAACAUGCCAAAUCUUAAAGAAAUGCUGAGAAAGGCCCCCUGGGAGGAUGAAUUUACAUCCCCAGACAAGCUAUUAAGAGGCUAAUAACACAGUGCUGGAGAUACUUCAGCCAAAGUUUUUGUUCUUUGGCUGCAAAGUCAACACGAGAAGGAGUGUGGCGAUGCCUGUGUUUUGGAUGUUGGUCGACUUAUAGUUUAAAAUCAGUAGAAAAAAGUAAAUUUCCAUCCAACAGAUCCAGAUUUAUUGUAAUGAAUUCAUGGUGCAGACUCUGCAGUUGAGCAUAUGCUAACAGCAGGAAGGUUAGUGCUGCAGUAAUGAAGUUUUACACCAAUACUUGGCAGCCAAACCAACAGUAGGCUAUAAACCACAGUCUUGACGUAUUAUUACCAUAGAAGCUGUUAAGUUUUAGGUUCUUGUGUAUAGUGUAUUAAUAAAUUGAACGUAGAUUGGCUUUAAAUCAUUUUUGGCACAAUCAUUACCUUACAUAAACCAUCACUGAUUUUGUUUCACAUGGCAAAAUAAGGGGAAAAAAGUACAGUACAAUCCUAAAUAUAAGUUGCCCCAGUAUAUAGGACACAAUUAAUGGUUUGGGGGUUUCCAGAGAGAAAGUGGGUUGAACUGUCUUACUGCCUGAUGAUAUCCAUGGUGUUCAGCAAAGCCUGGUUUCUCUGUGGCUGUGUAGCUCUUUAAAUGUCCACUAUUAAAGUGCAGUCGUUGAGUUUGGCCUACAGGAGCCUUAGUUGUUAGAUAGAGGCGUAUUUUCAAUCAAAUGAGCACUCCACGUAGUUGUUUGACUUGUAAUUAAAAAAUCAUAAAUUGUUUUAUUUUUUAUUUUUUGUUUAUAAACGGGGCACAUUCAUUGUGGAGAGAUGGCAGAGUCGGGGGGGGGGGGGGGGGCUGAGCACCACAGCUGCACUAUGGACAGCUGGGGGUUGGAUGCCUUGCACAAGGAUGCUUCUCCAGUGCACAGGAGGUGAACUGGCACCUUUCGAGCAACCAGUCCAUACCCUGGGUUUAGAACAUAGACCAGCCACCCGAUAGUUCCCAGGCCAAGUUCAAGACUAAGCCAUUCGCCACACCAAAAUGUCCUGCUGUAUAUCCAAUCCUGACAGAUUUAAAUCUGGGUCCCUGCUGUUGUGGAGAAAAUUAAAAUGACUUUAUCUUAUAUCCAAGGACCAUUGCACUCUUUAAGUCAGUAAAGACUAAAUGACAUGCAAAAAGCAACAAACUGUUGUAGUCCAAUUGCUGAGUUAUUCAUAGGUCAGGCAAGGAAACUCUAAGAUUCUUAACAAAGUACGCAGUCUCAAUUCAGUCAUAUGUGACAUCAUCUCACUCAACUAGUAGCUCUUCAAGCAAUACCACAGAUUUGUGCAGUUAGUUUAUGCCAAAUUCCUGUUUUUAAUGCCUCUUAAAACAGGAAUCAGCUCUCCAGAGGCAUCAAUGAAGUAAAAGAAAACAAAAACAUGAAUACACAGCAGCCGGUCAGGCUCUUUUAUUUUUUUAAACCAGAUUUACUCUUAAAAACAUUUUUAUAGACCCUCAGGGUCCAAACUCUUUAUUUCUGAUGCAGUUCCCAAUGACACCACAAUGACUUGCACAUAAUGAUAUGUGGGAUGUCUUACGUUUUCCACUUCAGCUUAGCUGUGGUCAGACAAUCUUUGAAGCCUAAAACCAAAGCUCUCAGGUUUGAGUUUACGUCUCUGUAAAACUGUUUAUUCUGAGCACCGUCUUUAGAUCACAUUCACAGAAAAAGUAAAGAGCAGGCAAAGCAGAGGAAGAGAUCAUUGCCCUGUUUAUUUACUCAUUACAGUAUCAUUUUGCUGAGAGGUGGAGUACACUCAAAACUUUCUCACAGAAGGGGAACUCUUUUGUGCCACAUAUGUACUAACAACAUACAGUAACAAACAAGACAGACAUCAUGGUACACUUUAACCUCCAAAAACCCUUUCCAAAGCCCAGUCUGUAACCUUCAGAGAAACAGGAUUUCAGCACAGCAGCCUGAAAACCACUGAAUUCCUCCCAGCCUGCAUUCUGUCACUCAUGUUCUCCUCAUCCAAAUCCACUCACAUUGCUUUGAUUUCUUUUGCUUCAACAUUGGUUGACCACCUCCUCACAUUCCUGAAGAAUGAUUUAAUACAUUUGUAGGGACAAAAGAUCUGGGUUCAUAGCUAUAACCAAAAUUGAAAAAAAAAGGGCAGCAUAUUUUAAGCUGUAAAACGUAUGUUUGAUUCACAGCUUUGGAAUUUAACAAGGAUUAAAAACUAAGAAUCCCGAGUAUUUCCACUUUGGUCAACAUACGUUUUCUACUUUGCAACAUUUAAAAAGAAAAUUGACAUGGAAAAGCCCAUGUACAACUUUAUUUCCCAUUUUUAAGGUUAAAAUACAGUAAAACUAUAACACAAUAUGAGACACUACCUGUCCUCUGAGUCUUAUCAAUUUUGCCGCCAAACACGCAUAUUCCUAUUUUCUAAGUGUUUCUAUAGCAUGUGAGUAGCAAAGUUCCUUUUUGACUCUGAUGUCUUGUUUCUGUUUUCAUUUCUGUUGUUUAACAUAGACAUAAAGUGUUUUAUUCAUGAACGUCAGAUGAGGAGGACCUGUACGUCUCUACAUUUCACCACAAAAACCUUGAUGAAGUAGCAGCUGUCUGGAGGAACUUGCCAAGGCACUGGGAGUGUCAUGGGAGUGUUUUGGUUUAUGAGCUUUGUUCGCUUGUUUAACGAAACAGAGAUAGUGGUGCAUGAUAACCAUACCCAUGACUGAAGUUUUGAGCCUUUAGUGGUGUUAUCACUGGGGGUUGUCCAGUUUUUCUGUUUAGUGCAAACACAAGAACUUAGCAAUUAUUCUUCCAUCUUUAGUGUCUCCAUUUGGUCUUCUUUACGCAGCUGAUAGCACUGUGGUUUGUUUAUCCAACACAAGUAUUUUUGAUGGAUCCAUUGAGGACAGCAAGCAGCAGUGAGUUUGGGAAUGCUCUAAUUUGUUUGUUAGGCCCAACAUGAGUAAAAAAAAGUCUGCAUGGUGUAGCAGGAGGAAAGAGGAGGCUGUCAGAAUUUGGACAGGAAACAGAGCCAACACAAACCUGGUCAUAAAUGAAAUCAUGUUUGGUCCAUGUAUCCUUCACCACAUGAAGUUACACUGAGAGCCCUGGACAAACUUCCUGUACAUGACGUCCCAACACUUUCUCCAGGUUAAUGGUUUAUGCAGGGCUGCCCACUAACUGCAAUAUUCUCCCUCUGCCCUCCCCACAGAAGCUGAUACAGGGCCAAAAAAUGAGCUGCCUGAACAACAACGCGUUUCGAAAAGCUCCUCUGAGAACUUGCAGUGUGUGCUCUAUCGCUUUAAAAACCAUUCAUUGUUUCAUUUUGCCCUCGCUGUACUUGGCUGUGAUUUGUGGAAAGUAACAUCUCCACGGGCAAUAAGCUCCAGCAUGUACAGCCGAAUGUUUGAAGAAAAAAUACAAGAAAUUUCUCUGGCAGUAAGAGGGAACUGUAUAUGACCUCUGACGACUGGAUAUGGGACUGUGGACAUAAAAUCCAUAUGGACUCGCAGAUACCAAGAGAUGGUGGAGCCUUCUCACAAAGAUCUGAUUCUGAAUCUGCCCUCCCAGUUGGUUUAUCUUUGAAAUGACCACGCCCUUGUUUUUUUGUGUCUUCAGAUCUUAUGCGCUUUUGGGGAAAUCCAUUAUGAGACACAGGGAUAUGUUGUAAAGAACAACAAAGUUCAGAGUUUUUUUUUUCUUAUUUUAGAACAAAAGUGAAAAACCAUUGGGACUUCUUGGCCUUUAGAUCAAGGAUCUUCUGUAGUGUAUUAAUGUUGGCAGGUUCGCAGUCACAGUGAGUAAUGUCUUAAAGCGAGAAGGCAAGAAUUUGUGUCAUUUCUGUGUGAAGAUUUUCCCUCCUUUUUAGUGACUGUGUAUCAGCAAGUCCUCCUUAUGAACCUACUCUUGAUGAAAAUGUAAAAUGGACCCUCACUCUUGUGGUGUUGAAAAUGAAGCCUGUGCUGCAGUUCCUCAAGUGUCUCCCUCAAGCUUGGGUUAACAGUGUGAUCUUUUUGUUACUGAUCCAUUUGAAGACAGUAAUACCAAGAUUUACACAAUCAGGGGUGUGUGGCUGAUUUUACUGACAGGCAGGUGCUGUUUGCAUAGAGGCUUGAGGGUCACUUUGCUUCCAUCUGUGUUUAUAGGCUGACCUAAGGCAUGUUACAUCAGGAUUUACAAAAAUUUUCUUUCAUACAUAUGAACGGCACAGAGCUGUAAAAGUAACAGUGUUUUCACCGUUCAAUGUGCUUCCCAUCACGCCUUUUAUUGACCGUUUUGACACUUAAUCAGCUGGUAAAUGGCCAAGUGGUAGUGAGCUGAAAAGAGGCAUAUGUUGCCAGCCACUGUGGUGAAGGUGGACACGGUGUCAAUAAUUAGAUUCUUGCCCUGUACAUGUAAACCGGGACAAAGACAGAAGUCCAGUUAAUUUGCCUAGUUGAGUUAUAACUGUAACUGGACUUAACUGUGCAUGUGAACGUACUGACAGAUCCUCUUAAAUAACAAUUUAGGAGCACUUUAAUGGAGGCCCCAAAAUAAAGCUUGGCUGUCUAAAACUUACCUACAUCGAACAGCUGAUAGUAACUGCAGUAACAUUUAGUAUUCACCAGUUUGAACUUUGAUGGUGGUCGGCUUUUUGCUUCUUUACCUCUGAUCCCUGUGGACUGGUCCUGUGUCUGGCCAGAGCUUUCCUUGUAGCCUGGGGAGACGACCAUAUAUCGCACACAAACAGAUAAUCCUGGGGUGAUUGAGGUAAUUGCUAGCAGUUGUGGUGUGGUGUUAGAGAGGGCCCUGAAAAGGUGAGGUAAGUGCUGCUCCUGUGCAGUAUUGAUUUCAGGCUGCUUCACAGCAGGACUCUGUAUGGCUUAUGUGAUUUUAUGGAGGGAAAAAGAAUAGGAUUUCCAACCCCUGUUUUUCACACUCCUGUUAGAUCUGCUCCCCUUUACCCUGCUCCCCACUUACUGACAGUGAGCUAAAAGUCUACAUGGAGAUUGAGGUUAGCAGAAAAGCAUUUGGGUGGGUUGCCCACCACCCCCUCUGGUCUUGAAACGCUUAGAAAAAGAGUCAGACUCCCUCCCUGCACUGGCACACUGCCUCCAUUCAGAGCAGCAGACCCUAAUCUUAAUUGUAGGUUCCUCUCUGAUCUGUCAUUUGUCUUGAAAGCUGACAGUGGGAGAUUCUUUAGUUCUGAGCUUGUACCCACAAUACUGAAUGAAACAAUCCUUGUCAUGAAACUUUUAUGUUUACGGAGAAUUUUAUAACGUUAUAAUGACUGCCAAACCUCUAUGACUUCUCUGUUUCCCUCCAAUUUGGGAAUGUUUUAUUCCAACCAAGCUUGAUGGGCAAGGAAUGCCGCCUUUCAAAUGUCUCCUUGUUGUAUUGUCUUGUUAUUUGGCUCAUGAAUAAAUUACUGUAAGCUCAUUAGAUGUAGUGGUAGACCCUGUCUUGGCUUUUGUCCCAAAAAGCCAUAAAAUGUCAACAGGAAGCAGAACUUCAUGUCAUUUUGUUAGACUGAAUAACAAUCCUGCAGUCAAAUCCAGAAAUUUUACUUCAACAGGCAGUGGAGUAUCACUUACUUUCACUCACCAAGUCCAAUUACUUAUUUUGGGCCCUGCCCAUAGAUUUGUACUUUUGCAGUGCAACAGUAUGUGAAAAUUUUUAGACUUCAGCAGUAGUCAUAGGGCUUAAUUUCCUGCCUUUAAAGAAACAAGGGGCCCAGCAGUCUACCAAGAAGAGGUGACGAAGGAGGAAAAAAAAUCCAACGAGCUUUUAAGCACUUCACAAAAAAACAGAAGUCUUGAUUGGCUCUUGUUUUUUCAAGCUUGGUUACUUUAGUCAUCAGAGCACAAACAGUGUCUUGAUUUGUGUAAUCUGUGGUUGUUUUUUGUUGAAAAGAAAAGAGGACUGAGAUUGCAUAGAAAGAAAGGAAGUGUGUGAAAGCAAAAGCUGUAAACUUUCCAAAUUUUCAGAAAGACAGCUGCUCAUAAGGUUAUCAGAUCAGGAUAUGUGACAAACUCGUGUGUGUCAUGAUGGGUUUCACAGGCGUUUCAGAGUCCACAGGCUGUUUGACUGUCUGUGUGGAAAGAUGUUCAGGAUACCCUUUUUCUCAUUUUUAUGUAAGCCUCAUCUUUUAGCAUGUGCAACAUGUUUAUUAUUCCAUCCUGUAGUUUUUUUGUUUUUUUACGAUCCUGUCAUCAGCCAAGUUCCAGUAACAGUAACUAUCUAUUUGGCCACCCGGCAGCCAAAGUAUAUCUAAAAACAGACUGAUUUCUAAUACUGCUCUGAGUUUGUAAAUGUGCAAAAUAUUAACUUUGGAAUAUCUUUAGUGAAUAAAGGAGGUAAUGCUGGUACACUGUAUUAGCCAAGACAGGACAACCCAGAUUAUGAGACAACCCCCGUUUUAAAGACUUAAAAAAAACCUUGUGUUGUCUUUUGUUUAGAUUAAAAGGAUAUUCUGGCGUAAAAUUAAGUUAGGGUCAUACGCACCGUAACACCGAGUUAGACACCCAUCGAGAAAUGAUCAUAAAUGUUCUUCCUUGAGCUGCGUCACCCCAUUGCAGUCGGUAAUGGACUCAUCUGAGGUCCCCCCAGUUAGGUUCACACAGAAGAUUAAUCUGCUGAUGUAUUUUUGUUCAGGUGAUAAAAGUUAUGCUUCUUUUUUUUUUAAAGUUCUGUUAUGGUACCACCCCAACAUCUGAAGGAAACAUCUGUCCAGUUCCUAAAUCUUAAUCUAGCAGUGUCUGAUCUGGUUUGUAUUUCUAAACGCACUCAUCCUUUCAAAAGUUAGAGUUGUAUCCUAACAACUGAAGUUUUUUCAUACAGGUGUCCAGAACUUUUUCAAACCUAGCCUUAGUAACUGCAAAUGUAUCCAAGUGAAAAUGAGGACCAUGUAAAGAGAGGAUUUGCAUUUAUGUGACAUGUAGUGAUUAAGUAGUGAAUUGGAGAUCUACCAGGUAACAACAGAUGGAUUUCAGGGGAGCUAAUGUACAUAAACUAUGUUGUAUUACGUAAGUGGGAUCAUUAUCCAUUCUGUAGUUAAGACUGGAUGGUUGAACUGCGAGGGGAUGAGGUAACAUACGAACCCCACAUUUACGUUCCACUGUUAAUACACUGGUUAGUUUGUGGUUGUGCCAUGAUGAUAGCACUUGUGGUGCAUAGCUUGAGUCUGACAGAAGACUUUUGUAUGUGUGUGAUGAGAAAAGAUCUGGCUACGUUAGUAAGCUCCAGCGUAUUUCUCCUGAUCCCCUCGCUGAAAUAUCUUUGGAAAUGUGCGUUGUCAUGGUAAUGAUACAUCCUCCAUGUAUUUUGGAACCAUUCUAUGCCCUUCAAUUGUCGGGUCCUUAUUUAAUUUUAGUGUUAUUUAAGAGACUCUUUGCUGUCCGAGGAGCUGUUAACAGAGGUAGUUUUUGUCAGUAAGUUAUAGUGUAUAAGUACCUGAAGUUUGGAUUGCUGCUCAGUGCAGGUGUAAAACCUGCUGCUCUUUCAGCACCAGUGCUGCCAAGUGGAUUAAUUUGAGGAACAUUUUAGGAACAGUUGUUAAUGGUAUGCAUAUCAUUGUGACCUCCAUUAGGGGAAAAAUUCAUAAAAAGACGUAUCAAAUGUUGACAGUGAAAAAUGUUAUUGCUUCAUGAAAACUAUAUGCUCAUUUUUAUUUUGAUGAUGGAAACGUAUCAAAAAAGUGGAACAUGAACAAAAAAGUUGCUCAACACUAAAAAGUCACCUGUGGAAAACUAAUCGCAACAUGUUGUUAAAAUGACUGGAUGUGACUGGAGAGGUCGAGUCUCACAGCAAUACAGAUAGAAGAGGUGGAUCACUUUGUGAGAGACUGCGAGAGCAAAUAGUUCAACAGUUUUAGAAUUAUAUUCAUCAGGGGUUUCUAGAGAAAUCUGUGGACAAAAGGGACAAGGACAAAAAAACAGAGCCAGAUGGAUGUGAUCUUUGGGCCCAUGGGAAGCACUGGAUUGAAAUCAGACAGAAUUUCUUGUUACUGAUUUUAUAGUUUUAAAUCUCCACAGUUAAAAAUGAAUAGUUUUAAUCUUAAAUCUAUUCGUAGCUUGAUCACUGACCCGAUGGCAGCAGCAAAAAUCAAUCUUCAUGGCAGGUUUUGUCACUUUGUAGGUUGGCAUUAGUUUUAAUUUCAGUCUCUUUAAUGACAGGUGAAAAACUUCUCCCAGCAAGUUUGUAGUUAAGUUUUUAUAAACUCCCAUUCAAAUUCAACUUUAUUCUAAUGCCAAUCUGUGCCUACCUUGAGCCAAUGAAUAUGUUUCUUGAAUUACUUUAAUUACUUGAGAGAAAAAGAUAUCCAUAAAAUGUGGGUUAUCAUAAAAACACAAAAGGAGAAACCUGAGAGUAUUCACCCUGUCAGACAGAGUUGAAUGAGAGUGUGAGAGAGUCUGAGUAUUCCUGCCCGCUGUGUCAGAUUGGACCUCCUCUUUCUUCUUCUUCUUCAGUCUCCUCCUACUUCUCUCAGAUAUAGGCAGUGCUUUAACUUUGACUUGGAGUCAAUCAGAGUGGGAUCUUUAACUGUGCCUGCCACUGGGUCUUUUCCCUCAGCCCUCCACAUACACACUCACGGCAGUCAUCACUCACACACACACACACACGCGCACACACACCCACUCUUGCACCGGCAAACAUAUGGAGUACUACUGCUUCCUCCUGCUCUGGAUCUGCAGCCAGCAGUUAGGUGAGUGAAAGGUGUUUACGAAUGUGCCAUAUUUUUUAAAGUGUGCCUGUCGUAUACACAUCCAAUCCUGCUUGUGUUUUGCUGAUGUUUGGAUCUGACCUUCUUUCUCUCGCAUGAAGCUUUCCAGUAUAAUAAUGGCUCUAUAAUUGUUAGUUAUACUCUGACCUGUUCCAACAGCAACUGGAAACUCUGAGGCUGUUGCUUUUAAAGGAUUUACGAAGCACUGCAGUUGAUACUUUACUUAAACUUUUUAAAAAGUCAUUUCCAACUUGAAAUUCUGACAGUGAACAUAUUUACUGUCUUAAAAGGAGUUUUAAUACCCUCCUGUGUCAUCUGAAUGAAUGGCAGCCUGUGUGAGUGGCAUCAUAACCUGACAUCUUGACCCGGUAUCUUGGUAGGAGGCAGGAAAGCAGAGCUCAGGGGCUUUACUGAAGGAUUUGUUGUCCCUCUCAGGUCUACAGAGUUGCUCUGUCUUGCUCUCCUUCAGAUGAAACGUGAUUCUAUCUUUUCACAGUGAAGUUUCCAGCGGUUUGAGAUUUGUUGGGACUUAGCCAAAACUGCGGUCAAUUACCGGUGAAAUUACUAAAGCAGUAACACAUCUAGACGAGAGAGAGAGAGAAAAAAAGACAAACUCAGAGUAAAUGGUAGGAACCAAAAGCUUAAUUAUCAUUUUGGAUGACUCACAGGUAUUCAUAUGCACCUAUAAAUAAAAUUACUGCUAAAUUGAAAUAUACUGUAAAAUAUUGAGUACCCGACUCAAUGCAACAGCAGGGAUCUUGUGGCUUUAACUCAGCAUACUGUGUAAUGUACAACCACAUUAUUAGAAUGCACGUGUGUUGGAACACGUUUAUUGAAUUGGGUGAAUGUGUAUCAUUGCUGUACACAAACAUGGUGAGUGUUUCUUAUCUGCUAUAUAACUCUGGAGGUGAAUCUAAUGCAGAAACAGAGGUAUUAGACAGUCAAAGAAAACAAUAUCAGGACUUUUUGUAAAUAAUAGAAAACCAGAGGAGUCUGGGAAAUCUUGUUUGUAAAUAUUUGGUUUGGUAUUGGAAUUCGUUGGAACCCACUUUUGGACUGAUGCCACACUGAAAGUGAUACUGACCUUGUAGUCUCGGAGUCUGCUGAGAAACCUCGAUGCUGGCUGUGGUGGGAGAUGUCUUGGCAAGCACAUAAGACAGAGGCAGCUGCAUCUAAGUCUGCCGUGCGUGGAAUCAUGGGACAUUUGGACUAAUGACCCCAUCCAGAUAACUUUGAGAAAGACGUGUCAUAUAAAUGAAAACAGCUGGACCGCUGCCAUUUGGCUCAGAGUCCACUAUUUGACAUUAAACACUCCCACGUUUAACCUACAUUUCAACGCUAUAGCAUCAGCCCUCUAGCAUACAUUCAUCAGUGCUUUUGUCCUCAGAAGCUCUGAUGUAGGAGGAAAUGUCAACCACAGUUUGUUUUAUAUGUGAACUUGAUGGGAAUUUCCUCCUUUUGAAAAGAUGUUCAGUCUGACACUCCAUGCAGAGAUGAACAAACUCUUGUGAAGAGUUCCCACGAUGAUAUGGAUAAAGAAUGCACCGAAAAUCUUCAUAAGGAAUGCACAUGAAUUACUGAAAUACAAUUUAUAUAUAAGCUAUUUAUCCCUAAGGCCUUAUUAGAUAAACAGAAACACCCUUUGAGGUGUCCUGACGAUAAAUUGAGUAUAGAACAAAAUUAUUACAUACUUUACAAGUAAACCUCAAAGUGUAGGAAUGCAAUUACAUCAUGGCAACUUCCCAAAGGAAAGAGCAAUUGCAGGGUUUUAUUAAAAACUGAUCUCACCGCCACUUUUAUUGUACAGAUCUAUCUUUUGGGUCUUUUGUGUCACUAAUAUUUUUGUCACAUUGUCAACAGGAAGAGAUGAAAUCUUAAUAAACAUGCUGGACUUUUCUGCACUGCGCUAAUCAGGUUCUUCUUAUUGUUGCUUUUACUGUUCAGAAUCAAUCGCCAUCGUUAUGGGGUUUUGACCAAUCAGAAUCAAUGAUAAAAUCACCAUGGCUAAAAUCAAACAUUACCAUCCAAUGUGGGUUAAUUGUUCUGUCCCUCUUUAAGACACACGCCUUUUAUUGCCUCUCUUUGUGGGUGUUUUACUUUCCAUUAACUUAAACAAAAACCUCUGUGUCUUAUGCUACUUGGUGCCACAUUGUCUUUGCCAACUAGCUGCUACAUUUAAAUACCAUUUGAUGCUGUGAGGAAGUGUUCAGAGCUUGUUUGCUGACAUGUCCUCUAUAAUUCAGUGACUCAAUCAUGAAAGAGUUGCUUGUCAUUACUCCCCAGAACGACACGUAGAAGUAUUUUUCUCAGAUCACGUGUAUGAGCAAUACUUUUCAUAAAGUCUGGUUGGGUUGGGUACAGAAGCUAUUUGUUUAAGGUUAGACAAAGAUCAUAGUUUAGGUUUCAGUAAUUGCUUUGUUAAGGCUUCACAAUCAUCUUUGUUUAGGUUCCUUCUCUGAUGGUUAUGGUUCAAGAAACCGAAGCUUUAAACUUUCAGUAGAAUGGAGGAAAUGCAGAAAAACUGAUUUUUUUACAGACCAGACACUGAAACCACCCCAACUUCCCCUUAAUGCAGACUUUGGGGCUCUGUGAUGAUGGCAAACAACUCCUGCCUUUUCUUUCAAUGAACACGACACUAUGUGUACACACAGAGGGCUGUUUCAUCUGGAUGUAACCCCAACUGUGAAAAGUUUGCUGAAACCACCGGUUGUUUAAUAACUGAAUAAAUUUGUAUGCAAGAAGUAAUUCCAUACAGCCAGACUAAAACAAUGUAUUCCAGUUUUGAAGAGUUUAUGACCCCAUUCUGGGACUUUCAGCAAUUCCAGCUACUUUACUUUUUACUUCACCAAAAAAUUCGGGAAGAGAUUAUCUUUCACACAUCUUUUGUUGUGUCUUUGUGAGGUAAUGUGAGUGAUUAAAAUGGACCCAAUGAUCAGAUGAUUAGAAUUUGAUUGGAGGUCCUAAUCGAAGUUUACUUCACAUUCCUUGUUAAGCCUGAUGUGUCCAAACCCUGCCAUGAAGAGUGAGUCCUGUUUGAUGUAGUUUUGAAGUACACAGUAAAACAUCUCAUUAAUAUGUUUUGUGUUAUGUGUAAAUUAGACAUAUUGACUACAGUACCCGCACAUUAAUCAAUAUAAGUAUUGCUUUACAACAUAAAUAUUUACAUGCUGUGGAGGUUUUAGUGUUGGAGUCAGUUAAUGUUGCACUGGCACAGAGCAUUCAGUGCUCUGAUUAAGUCCACAUUUUGUUACUCCGCUAAUUACAGACUCAGCAAACACUCACUCUGGAUGUUGUGCUGUCCUAGAGAUUUGCUUUGAGUCCCUGUUGGGUCUUACGUUGGCUCAGAGAGUUCACAGCUUGUUAAGUAGUGUCCAGUUGGCUGCCGUGUAAUGGGAACAUCUGGCUUUAAAGACCUCAUGUCUCCCUGAGUAUUUUGGUUGGCGUGGGGCAAUCACGAUAUAAGGUGCCAAAAUGUUUCACAGUAUAUAGUAGACUGAGGAGUAUCUUUCCAGAGAAAACCAUUGUAAUGGAAACCAAAAAAUGGAUCGAUGGUAAAACGCUAGAUUUAGUUCAAAUUUAAGAUUUAUGCAAUAUGAGGAUUUUGUUUUCUCAUUUGCUAAAAUGCUGCUGACUGCACAUUGUCGGCAGAAUGCAACAUUGUCAAGUGUGUGUAGAAGUCAUUCAAAAAAACUGUGCGCUAAAGUCCAAGACAACGUGAGACAUACAGUUCAUUUUUAUUAACUCUUAAACAAUAUGGCACUAUAAGAGACUGUAACAGGGCUCAUGUCCAUCUGAUACGAGGGUGUCUAAGAUCCAGCAGUUUGCACAUCUAACCUAAUCCACACGGCUGCUCUGUGUCAGUAGGUCUGCGGUGGAGCUCCUGCAGCUUGGUGCGGAGCCAAAGGCAGCAGCGGACUGAUGUGGGUCACACCGGCAGCCACCGGCCUGAGGUUUAUUUAUCUGGGCAUGGACUCUGGUACACAGGAAAAUCAGCAAGACUCCGACGUUGCGUUAGAAGCUGCUGAUAUUACUGGGAGUAUUAAAUGGCUCUGCCACAUUAGUUGCACGAAAUGGAAAUUGGAUCACCUCCAUUCUCAUGCUUUCACACUAAACCUUUUUCCUGUCCCUGUCUUAGCUUUCGCUCACAUCUUGGCCAGACUUCAGCCAAUCUGAGAUUGCAUCAAGGGAAAUUUAUUUUCAAUCCAAGCAUUAAGUUAGCUACCAGACAUUUAGCAUUAAUGUGCUCUGUUUGAACAAUGACAGUGAGACAACCCAGCGUUCUUUAUGUGUAAAAUGAUUUAUGCUGGCGAACAGUUACCUGCUGAUUUGAUUUAUUUUACAUACACCUAUCUGUUCCAAACAAUCUAUUUCCAGUCACCCCUUUUAUGUGUCUGGGUAAACAGAAUCUAAAGGAGGAUGUUUGGAGUUUGGGAUCAAACACCAGCUGAACAUGUGAGCCAUUCAUAGGACAGGAAAUGAGCUACUCUGAGAAUGUGUCAAUAUUUACAUGACGGGUCUGCAUGGCAGAGAUGUCCAUUUAUACCGAAAGAGUUUUUCACGAAACAGAACAAAUGAUCUAUAGUUGUGCCAGUCCAGGUGUGAUUUUCACCUGAUUACUGACAGAAAUGAAAAAUGAACAACUUGCCCUCUCUGUUGCUGUCGCUGCACUCACGUUAUGUCCCGUGGUUAAAAUUAUGGUCAUGAUGGUUACGGCGCUGUCUGUCGUCCCACAGCUUCAGUUUCAGUCCAAGAUUUACAGAUCACUGCGGAGAGACUCUGAGACAAGAUAUUUGGUUUGCAAUUUAUUUAGACGGCCCAUUAACGCCCCUAAAUAACAAGUGUUGAGGAAUGCAGACAACUUCACAUUUCUAGGGAGGAACAAUUUUUUUGUCAAGGGAGCAGCUGCUCAAAAUGUAACCACUUCUUCGUGUUUCAUAGUUCAAACAACCCAAACAAAUAAAUCUUGUCCCUGUGUCACAAACUAAAAGCAGAGUUGAGCUGCAGCUGUAACCCAUAUUUCUACAACACGGUACUCAAGAGCCAGUAAACCCGAUUAAACGGUAAUGUGAUAUUUUUGCAAAGCAGACAUGUAGUAAAACAUGAUUUGAGCAUUAUUGUAAUUUUGUGGUUGUAAUUUAAACACAUUAGCACACGGUGAAAAUCAAGAGCCCCUUUCCUUCUUACUGGCCUUUGUCAAAUUUGAUUAUUUGGUCUGUAGCCAUGACAACAACAAAGUGGUGUUUGUGAACCAGCGCUUGAUUUUAAAGACAGGUGAGGUUCACAGAGACUCUCCUUAUUCUUCUGAUGAUGAUCCCACAUUUCCUUGAGAAUAUUAUGGGAUUUUUUUACAACAAAAAUCUGUUGUAUUAUUAUUGGUGUGACUGAUCAGUUUCAAACAGAAAAAAACCAGUAAGAUCUUCACAGACACCAUGAUUACAAUUAAGAGGCCAGAGACCCUCAAAGACCCUCCUGCACCCACCAAAAAAUCUCAAUCUCUGACUAAACUUUAUAGGUUUGUCAGUUUAAGAAAGCUCAGUCAGGAUCACUUCCGUAAGAGUUACUUGCAUGCAUUAGUUAUAUUUGGCAGUAUAACUCAGUUUUGAGGGCUCCCUGCCCUUCCACGGGCUUACCUGGAAUACCUUUGCGUGCAGCAGGGAGAGCACACUCUCCUCCACUGUAAAGUGGUUAUGAAUGAAGCUUCAGGGCUGAACUCUUACUACAGACAACUUCUACUACAGUGAUUAACAACAUGGCUCCCAAAUAGUGGAUGCUUUCACUAAUGCAGUCUUCUAUAAUGUGCAUAUCUGCAAGUUCAAACCGUGUAGUAAUUGUUAAAAAUUGAGAGGUUGAAAACUUUGUUGGGCCUGUAUGAACUCUUAUCAUCAUACCAAUGUUUUAACUCUAUUAUAGCCUAAAUUGAUAAUCUUCAACAUUAUCUUAAUGAUUCUUUAAAAAGCUGUUAACUUAUUAUGACAAAUGCACAUGGGCAGAAACAUCACAGCUCCAAAAAAAAAAAAAGGAAAGCUUACAUUUGUCAGAUAAUUCAACACUGCAUGGUGGUCACUCAGAGACUCUUUUACAAUGCUAACUAUUGGUUGAACUCUUAGGAAUCCUCUGACAGACAUAAGGUGUAACUAAUACCAUUGUUUUUGUCAAAAAGACGAACUGUUCAAUUGAUAAAAUAACAAAUCUAUAAUACUUUGAUUACGUAAGGAGGAUAUUGUCUGUGAGUCAAGUCUGUAAUUUUUGCUGUGAGAUACCGAGACAGGUCUACAUCUAGUCUAAUAGUCAGUCAAUCCUUCUUUGUCUUUUUCGUCUCACUUUGCCUUAGGUUUCUUUUGAUCAUUAGAUGAGUAAACGCAGGCAAACAGCUUCAGGUAAUAAUAGGAAUCAAAUAUAGUGGACUCUGGCUUCCCAUAGUCUGCAACUUCAAGAAAAAAAUGACAAAAUAUCGCCCCAUUUUUCUCCACUUUGUCAAAAUGUUGGUCUGUUUUGUAAGAAAUUGUAAUAUUUGCCUUUUAAUUGCGGACUGUUGCAAACUUUUGUAGCUGUGGGCAGGCAGGGAAAAGAAACUCUUGUGAGGUUCAUUUCAAAGACUGAACUGUAGUUUUCCUAAUUCCUCAUUUUCCUGCCACCUCUGGUAAGCUCUGAGACAUUAAGUCCUUUACACCAACCAGACAGUUAUGCAAUGUGGGCAACUUGGGUUUAUCUUGGCAAAGCAGAUGAGUAUCAUUGAGAUUGAGACUCAAGUGAAAACAGAUGCUAUUUAUUACUGUUAUUAGGUAACAUAGCAACAGUAUUAGCUUGACGGCAUUAAUAGGUACAUGACAGUAAGUCAUGGCAACAUUAUAAAUCAAAGAUACUUGUGUCUUAUAUUUAUGUCAUAUAAUAAAAAUCCUCCGUAUUUGCAGUGUUUAAAAAGUGUCCGUCAGUGAACUCAGGGCGCAGUUACCUUGAAUUUGACCUCAGCUGUCAUUUGUUAAAGCUUAAUUUGAAUUUAACUUGUUUUCUACCUUUGUUGAGCAUUCCUUUACCUUGUUGUUUACAUUUCACUGAAUUUCCCCCAUGCAGGGAAAAGAGGCUCACUUAACUCGACGUGACCCCGGAGCCUCACAGCACAGACAGGGAGCGAACUGUGAGAGUUGGUCCUUUAGCGUGAGGGCGAGGGAUUGAAUGAGCCCAACAGUGUGUGGACAUGAGCCACAGACAUGUAAGGAGUGAGGGAGAGUCUGUGGUGAUUGCAAGCAGAGGCCUUUGUGCUCUUAGCUCAGCUGUGCAGCUUAAACUGUGAGAAAACUCAUUACAUUGAAGUAAACAUCUUGAAUCCCACCAAAACAAACCACUCUUAAGUAUCAUGAAGCACAAAGUUUGCCUAAUGUUCCCUUCUUGGCUGUUUUCAUGCUCUUUUUCUUUGUGAUUCAGAAGCUUAUUGAGUUUUCUUUGAGAAUCAGCUUUAAUGUGAGGGUCAAUCCUUGAUCUUACUGUGACAGAAAAAUCAAUAAAGCAACAGCCUGACAACAGGAACACUGACUUAUAGUAGGUUUGGCAACUGGAGGAGUAGACAUCGGUAAGAGAUUAAACAGAGGACAGCUGAACGCAGAAAGAUGGAUAGAGAGGAAGUCAAAGUGGUAGAUGAUUGCAUUUUUUCCUCUUCUCCUUCGCCAAACUGGAAAACCUCAUCACCUCCAUGUCCUCGCACACAGUCCUCCUCUUUUGAUGGAAAUUUAAAAGCCAAGUAGCGCUGUCACCAUCAAUUAGCCACAAUGGGUAACUCAGUGACAUGCAAAAUCUGAAAAAUACCUCCUAUGAUGGGUAUUUUAAUUGAAAACAGACUUUCACCGCUGCUUUUAACCACCUGGGGAGCUGUCUGAAGAUGUGAGAGACUUUUAAGUACACAAUCGGGAAAACAGAUCGGCUUUGAUCAGCUCCCAUGGCAGCCUUUACUUCUUAGCCUCUAACUUUAUGUCAGGUUACACUUCAGCAUCUAUGAACUGCAAAAUCAAUAAUCGAAAACCUUGCUUAGUGUUUUUAACUGUAUUAUAAUGGCUCCUUUGUAUUCCCCCCGGAUGGCUAAAUAACUUACUUUAUUGUAAAUUACAUGGCAUAUAUUGUUGUAUAAUGGCAGCAAUUACAUUGUAUUCACCUGAUAGUUGGAGUCAGCAUUUUGGUGAUUGAGAUGCCGUAAUUCGGACUACGUCUGCAUUUCAAACUGUAACCAGUUUGAACCCAGGACCAGGAAUAAGUGCUUUUCUGUCUAAAGCUGUAUGAGGAGGGUUCUGUGUGGGGUCCUUUGGGGUACUACGGCUUCUUCUCACCGUCUAAAGCCUUGCUGAUGACUCAAGCUGUUUGUAGGUGUGAGUGAGUGUGUGUGUGUGUGUGUGUGUGUGUGUGAGUGAAUGUGAGCGGUUGUUUGUGUGGAUGUGUCAGCCCAGUGAGAGACUAACCACUUGGUGUAUCCCUCCUCUCACUAAGUGACAGCUAGGGUAGGCUUAAGGUACCUCAAAUAGGUAUAGAUAAAUGAUGAAUUUAGGCCUCUUCUAUUGUCAUAAAGGUUGGUUUGUUGGAGGAGGAUAUAAGGCUCUUCCAGUAUUAAAAGAUUGUUAAUGAUCCUGUUAAAGCUCUCCUGCUGAUCUGUAACCGUCUGAUGACUUUCACUCAGAUGUGACAGAGAGCUCUGCUGCCCUGUAGCGCUGAUACAAUAAUUAGCUUCAUUAUGAACGAAGUCUGUGUUUAGACUCAGCCAGGAUGAUAAACAGACUCCAGACAAGGAUGAGAUUGUUUUCAAGAUGAGCAAGGAUGAGUAAGUUUACGACUGUUUGUUGCUUUUAGACCAGAUGCUCAGGUCCAAUCAGUAUUAAUAUAAGUGUUCUCAUAAAACACCAAUAAAACUGCGGGGCUAAUAACACGUGGCACCAGGUGUUCUUUAUGGAUCACAUUAAUGUUGAGAAUUAAAACUUACCUCCUGGUUAUUGAUGCUUUCCUUCUUCUUCUUCUUCUUCUACUUCUAAUAAAAAUGUCUCUUCUGUUUCAAGGAUUCCUCAACUGCUUCAAUAUCGACACAAAGCGAUACAGGAUCAUCAAGGGCCCAAAACAAGCUCAGUUUGGAUACACUGUUCAGCAACACGUGGCUGCUGGAGGAGAGAAGUGGUAAGGGACUUGCAUAACUUUCUGCUCCUCUAUGCAAAAUAUUAAACCCUGUUGAAUUGCAUCUGCAGUUAUACAACAGCUUGAUGUGUUUUCCUGCUGUUUACCGACUUAUCACUUAGCUUAUAGCAGCACUUUCUCUUCAACAGCUUCUUUCGAGAUCACACAGUGUUACUUAAAAAGCCUCUAAGAAUCUGUAAAAUUUCAGUCUCAAGUGGAGGAAAUAUAGCUGCGUCUUAUAAGGUUAAGGGUAUUUUUGGGUCUCAGAAACUACCUGAAUUGACCUCUUUGAUAUAUGGCUCAGAUGAAGAGGUCAAGAACUUAAGGGCUGUAAAACACAUGCUGACGAGUUGUACUGCUGUCUGACUUGGCUCUGCCACACUAUUUCCCCUCAAAGACAGUGAUCUACUGUACCUCCCCUGUGGUGUGCAAAGUUUCCUCUGAUUUAUUUUUGCUUACUAAACAAACUGCAGCUCUGUUCUGGACACCUCAUCUUUGUCAGAUUACCUCACUGCACUAACCCUGUCCUCAUGCACACUGUUAUUAGGCCAACUGGCUCCGUGGUGUGGCCGAAUUUAGUUUCUGGCGUCCCCAAAAUGUCUCAAAGCAAAAACUGUGCAAGAGCCAUGUUCAGUUCCAGCUGGGCUUCUGUGUGUCUGCGAAUCAUUAGUUUUGUUUAUACUUAUAUUUGGAUUAUAUGUCUGUUUUUUCCUUUCUGAAGGCGUCCAGACAGGCCUCACUGUGAAAUUGAUAGCAAUUGUGAUUCGUUUAGAUGCUCAAAGACACCCUUUCUGUCCUGAUUAGAGACCUCGAACUUCCUUUACUCUGCUCUCUCAACUGUCUAGUGAGAAAUCCUGAAAGUCGAGCACCUGGAAAUGGGCCACUUUUUGGUAAAUCUUGAAGUUUCUCUGGGGAUGCAAUAAACUUUUAUUGUUUUUUAGAUAGCAGUUAAUAAUAAUAAUAAUAAUAAUAAUUUUAUUUAUAUAGCACCUUUAAAAACAGAAGUUUACAAAGUGCUUCGACAACAGUUGUAAGCACAGAGCAUCAGCACAUUGAAAAUAAAAACACAUAAAAACAAAAGCUCAGUUAAAAACAGGCCUCUGAAUUGUAGGCCUGUUUCACUUUUCGUAGGAAACCCAGGCAAUACAAGAACCCUACAAAAUAAAUGGGACCAUGAGGACCAAAAUAAAAGCAAAAAAAAAAAAAAAAAAAUAGAAAAGGAGGGAAGAAAACAGGCUAGUAAGUAUGAAAGAGGAUAUUAAUAAUAAUAAUAAAAUCAUAAUAAAAUAAAAUGAUGGUAAUAUAAAUGAUAAAGUGGAAUUAAAUAUAUAUAUAUAAAAUAAAGGAAAAUGAAAACAUUAAAAUCAAUAAAAAGAUUAUAAGUAAAACAAAGGCUAAAAAGGCAGUAAGUCUAAAUAAGAAAGAGGUGAAAGUUGUUGUUAAUGCUCUCUCUAAGGUGAAACCAUGUCAGGCACCAAUAUACGGUCUCCAUAAGAAUAAACUGUUGGUGUUGUUUUUCUUUUUUUAACUUUAAUAUAAGUGUAACAUUACUUUUAUUAGUUUCCCUAAUUUGAUUGCAGAGUAGCAGGAUUACAGCUCAUUGAGAUCAUAUCAGUCAUUCGAAAUAGUCUGAAUGUAAUCCUCUAAUUUUACACUUUGUGAUUGCCCAACAGCAUAUUGGAGCCUGUAUGUGCUCAAACUCCAUCCUGCUCUAACUGUACCACUCUGAUGGUUUUUAUUAUUCCUUUAGGCGACUUAGCUGUCAUCCCUGACCCUCAGACCACCUGUGAUAGAGGGCCUUUAGUGUUUUUGUGAGAAAAAGAGACAUUGUUGUAUCCAUAUAGAGGAGCUUUUGAAUAUUGCACUUAGCUAUGGGAUCAUCAUCCUCUGAGGGCUGAUAAAGUCACAGACCACAAUGUUUAUUAGUGGUCUUGGAGUCAAAAACUAGAGAGCUGAUUGAUAGCUCUCAGUUGUCUGUCAGAGUGUGGUCUUAUAUUUAUCCUCGUUAAUCCCAAAUUUAGCUGGAGAUCAUGAGGGUGGAUAUAUUUGGUGAGGUAAUGGCUUUAAGCUGUUUGUUUUACAGCUUAGUCUUGGUUUUAAGAACAGUGGUGAGAAAUGGGCAAAGGCCAAGUUCAGGCUUAAGGCUAAAGACGUCUGGUAAUCUUCUUUAAAGUCAACAAGUCCAAUAAUGGGACUCAAACCAACAAUGAUUUGAUCCUACUUAUAAUGUCCUCGAGGCUAAAGUCUGAUAUCUUGUGUUCCUCGGUGCCAGAGACACGCAGAGUCGUCCAAAUAUAAUAAGAAAUCUCAUCGCUGAGCCAAAUCGUCUCACUCAAUAACAUCUUACUUUAUUAUAAUGUACUUAAGCUCUAAUGAGUGAGGGGAAUUGCAGCUGUUUUUAAUAUUCAAAAACACCAAAUGUGUUUUGAUCCAUUAGCAGCAAAAAAAAGUCCUCAAUAAAUGCAAUGUUUACUUGACUUUAAGACGUGUUUGGCCGGAGCAGUUUGCAGCUGUUUUAGUAAAUAAAUCUAGCCUGUAAAAAAUCUGAUUUAUGACACAUUUUUAGGAAAUACAUCUCUUUUAUCUCUAAUAAGAACCACAUAUAGGUAAGGGAGUCAAGCACAGAGACUAAAACAUUGUUGUUUUUGGAGUUUUCAUUCACAGAUAAAAUAACAAUGCUUAGCCCGGUGCCCUCAGGUUAAGGUCAGAAGCUCUGAGCAUGUGUGUCCUCACUGCACAGUAAAGACAAUGACUGCUUGGAGAGAGAGAUCUUACAAUAAGACCAAUUUAUGUGGAAUAAAGGUCACUGAAGAUGCUGUAUCAGCUGAGGUAAAUGUCUUAGCACGAGGUGAAAGCUGAAAACAGACUGCAGCUAAAUAGAUCUAUUUGGGAGAGGGAUUUUGACAUCUUUAUCAGGUGUUCGUAAAUAUUCUGUUAUUAAUUUGUGGGCUUAAGUGUGGAGGAGUUCAAGUGUUUUGGAAAGUCUAAGAGAGAAACAAAUCUGUCAUUACGUCUUUCUUCUUAUUUGGAAUCACAAAGUAUUGUUUGAGUAAUCUGGUUGUUCAGACCCUCUGUCACAGUUUAUUAUCUCACAUGUUUUACACCUUUGGUUUGACUGGAGAGACGUCUGAGUCAUCCAGUGGAGUUUAGUUUAAAAAGACUGUUUGGUCAGUGCAGCAGUGUGCGUAGGUGUGGGUAUGUGAACUCACAGCUGCAAGCACAAACUCCGGCAAGACUGUCUGUGUAUUUGUGUGUGUCUGUGGGAGUGUGUGUGUGUGUCGUUCCCAGUCUGACAGCUCUCAGCUGGACAAAGGAAUGUGGCGGGAUCUGAGAAAGAUGUAAAAACACUGAUAAUUGAGUAUGAAAGGGUCAUUAUGAUGAUUACAAAACUGUUGUUUUUAAGUUUUUACAAGAGGAAACUCAAAGUUUAAAAGAUGUGAUGGAGAAAACACUCACAGUAAGAGAGUUCAGUAUGUCUUAAAAAAAGAUGUUUUAAAGGCUGUGGAAGCAUGCUGAUGCUAAAAUAAGACAGACUCUCAAGUGUAAGCCUGCUUGUCAGUACAACAGUCACCUGUGAACCCAACAGACAAAGUGCAGUACGGUUCGACAUAAUUUGGAUAUGAAUAAUGAAGAUAAAGUUGGAGGCAGGUUGUGUCUGGUUGAAGAAGUAUAAAACUUCGGGCAAGAGCAACAAGCAUCCAGUACAACCAUGUGGACAUUAACCUGAAAGGGGGUCGAAAGGCUCUGCUGACAUUAGCCACACUUUGCAAAAAAAUCACAUACAGACGCUGUGCUUUUGUGUUCAGCCACUUCACAGAAAUUGUGCUCAAUUUUCACUGGUUUCAAAGUGUUUCCCUAACUUUUGAUUAUCAUUGAGUUGAGCUUAAAUUUCAGUUUAUAUAGGGUGACCUUAUUGUGACUUCCCAAAAUGAGGACACGGGGGGGUUCACGAAGUUGCUUGAAGUUAAUGCUGAGAGUUUUUCGGGUUGGAUCAAGUGUCUUUUACGCAUGAAAAAGCCCACAGGGUGGAUGGUUUAGCAAAUUUUGAUGAACCCUGUGUUGAUCCUUUUACAGAGAAGCUUUUUGAUGUACCCAUUAAGUCUAAACAUUAUGACAGAUUCCCCCAUAAUACAUCACAUCAUGUGUUAAUUUACCUUUUUAUGGAAACCCCCAAAAAUCCACUAAAAUGUGGCAGCUAUAAGCCUAUUCAGUCGCUUAAUGUAGACCAUAAGAUUCAAGUAACUGCAUCCAGAUUAAACAAUGUUUACUUCAUCUGGUUCAUAAAGAUCAGUUCUUAUUUAGAAUGACGCCCAUGCUAACCUAUGUGGAUCAGUGAUGCCUUCAUGUAGAGUCAAUGAUGUGUCUCUGAUUUCCAUGUGUAUCAACUUUGAGGUUAAAGGGGAUUUGUGUUUUGUUUUUCCCUGGAGGAAACGUUUUGAUGAGGCAGUGAUUUCUGCACAUUAAGACAGAAUCUGUUCUUUUGAUGAAAAUGCAUCUUUGAAGUGUCGCAGAGCAGUUUCAGCAGAACAUGUGCAGACCAAGUGUGGGCCAUUUCUGCUGAUUUUAGUGCCGUGUGUCUGUCUGAUAGGCUCUGUUUGCUGAAUCCACUAACUUCUCGUUUAAAUCUGUUUUCUGCAGGACUGUGUUGCAUUAUGACCUGUGCUAAUAGUUUCAAUGUACCGUUUUUGCUGUCCUGGUCCUUCAUGUCCUGAAAUCUUCUUCCAUUUCCCUCUUAAGUGGAUAAACAUCAUCCCAUGAUUUAAAUUUGAUAGAAUUAUUGAUGUUGCCCUGUAGCAUCUGCACUAAAAUGCAGCAGUGUCAGCUUUUCCAGACUUUUCAGAAGCCCCAGCUCUGUGUUUGAAUAGGAACAGGAUCACAGCUGGAAAGUGACUCUGUAGAAAAAAAAAAAAAAAGGUUUUUAUGACCCGACCCUGAAGUAAGACAGGCAUGCAGCUAAAGCCGAAAGGCUUUCUUUGAGAACCAAAUUAAGAAAGCAGUGUAUUUUGAUGUUGGUCUGCUUAUACGAGUUAUUUACAAGAGCUUUCAUGUAUCUGAAGAUUAAAACAAUCUGUGUUAAAGUGUUUUUAUCUUCUUUAGCUGAGCAUGCAGUAUAUUUUACAGCUGUAAGUUACUGAGAUCACAGAGUAUUUAUAAUUCUUCUGACAGGGAUAUAAGGAAGGCUGGACGUCUCUGUCUCCUCUGUUGACAGUUCCUGUUCAUACCUACUGAUGGAACUACCAAGUUGAGAGGUCACCGUGUCAAGAAUGUGUCAUUUCCUCACGUGUCUGCUGAGCGUAAUGAGGCUCUAAACACUCUGCCAGAGCUGAUGCUCUCUGGGGAGUGGGAAGAGGCCAUAUCGCCUCCAAUUGGCGAAGCGUUGGGGUCUUUAAACCUGAUGGGAUACACGGACCUUCAUACUUGAGUCAUACGCCACAGAAGCCUCCCACCUUCUAUUUCCACUGUUUAUUUUUCUACAGCUGUACCAGGUCUCCUCAAUGGAGACCUGACCUUUACUCCCAAGCUCAGUUACGAGUUGCACACCACAAAGAGCCACAGGGAGUCUGUGAAGUCUUUCACCGCUGGCCUUAAAUAGUGUUCCUUUUAUUCAACUCGUUUGCAAAGCUGCAAAGAAAAAGUGCUUUUACGCCUGCUGAGCUUGAGGGAAGCAGAAUUUGAUCUAUUUGUUUUAGACACAACACUCACAGUCAUGUGAUUGUAAUGUCUAUACAUGUUGGUCUUAAAGUAUUUCCCACAGUUAAAGUCAGGAGACAGAGAGCUGUUGUAGAGUCAAGGAACAUUGAACUCGUAACGGUGAAAACAAGACUCAACAGAAAAGUCAGCAGGUCAGGGAGGUUAUAUCAGGCACUGCGGUUAUGAAAUAGACUGAAAUUCAUAUUGACCUCAUAAAGCCCGACUGCUGAAUCCUGAAGGCCAGCAUUACUAGCAUAUGCCAGUUUGUGACCAAGGAUGGCAACCAAUGUAGCUGAUAGUCAUUCUUUAUAAUUCACUCUGGAUACUCAGUGUAUCAUGCUUUUGGGAAAUGGUGGUUGGUUGUACUGAACAGGCUCUUGUGUUUGACCAAUCAACAUACACUCACUUAUUGACCAAUCAUAUUGGCUUAUGCCACUCAAAGUUCCUCUUGUGCAGGGAGGGCACCUACUCUGAAGCAGGAGCUAAAAGGUUCCUAUUAACAGGAUUCUGAGAACUGAUAUAGUUCAUAGUUCCUGUGUUGUGCUUUAAUGAAAAAUGGUGAAGGUUCCUUUAGCUUGUAGCGGUCUGAAAAUGCCUUUAAUUGACAGACUGAUUGCUUGUAGUAGAUGUAAACUCCAGGUGCUGUAUACAUACUAACAUGCUUGCUGUAUCUAACUUUAAAUAUCUAUUUUGUUCUACUACAUCCAAACUGAUGUUGUUGCAAUGACUAAUAAAGCCGUUGAAUCACAUGACUAGAGCAAAAAAUGCGUCAGUGGUUACACUCUGACUCAAGUAGGAUUUCUGUAGGUGUCAUCUGAAAAGUUUUAAAUAGAUGCCAGAUGAGUGAAACUUUGGCCUGUUCAUGGUGCCAGGGAAUAGUCCAGAGAUGCCCUCAGUCAUGGAUGAGUCAAUUAAAUUUAAUCUAUCCAAAGGGGUUUACCACUCAGCAGAUAUUUCCUUACUCACAGCUAAACCACUACUAUGGCAUAAAGAAAGCGUUCUCAUUGUUUGAGCUGAAAAAGACCAACAUACUUUGUGGGACAAUGAAUAAGAGCAUUUAAAAUGUGCUGGAAAACUCCUCAUUAGUCAUCUACUUCUCCCAUCACUUGAAAGAAGUGAAAGAGAAGCUCUAAAUGGAUGUCUUUAGGAAACAGUUACGUGCUCAUUAUGAUCCUUUUGGUUUCUGAGGCAGCGCUAACAAAAGAAACGGACAUAUCCUGCUAAUAGAGACAACCGGAAUGUGAUGAGCAAGCGUGACAUUGGAGUAGCUCGCUCGUGUUUGGAGCAGGGAUGUGGUUUCACAGCAUAUACAUGACUUCCUUCCAAAUAUGAAAAACAUUACCACAUUAAUGACAGCCUGGGCCUGGAGAUGGCGCUUCUUCAAACCCCAAAAUCCUGUAUUCUCUGGUAACCAUGGUAGAAAAUAUCCCUGAAUUCAUUUUGGUUCGAGUAAUUUUUUUUCGGUGGCAUUGCCAUUCCUGCAUGGAUGAUACACCCAGACCAUAAUGAACUCUGGAACAUGAUUGUUUGAACAGCUUCUGGUAAAGCUCAGGAGGUCCCCAGGCAGGCGUCCAAGUCGAAAGGAAACAAUGGCCCCUUUUCAUCCAGGUAGCCGUAUCCUGACCUGAACUUGUGCUGCAGUGUCUCCUUUUUCGAGGGACCGCAAUAAGAGGAGUAAUAACUCUGAUAUUAAUAGCUAUGAAAAUAUGAGCACCGUCAGAGUCACUGUGGUGAAAAUGACUCCCAGAGUCUGUGAGACUUUCAAACUUGGCUUCAGGAGUAAUAACAUUGAAGCUCAUUUCCAUCUGAGCCACUCUUUGAUGUGAAGUGAUGGACUGUUUCAACAACAUUUUCUCUUGUCAUCAGCUGCAGCUGAAAUGUGUCAAAUCAAAACUAGUGCUAAAUAUUCCGUUUAUGUGCCCCUGGUACAACAAAAAUCACACGCAGAGCUGCAAUAGAAGUAAUUUAUUCAAGAAAAGUGUCUCACCACAUAACACAAAAUAUAAUUAAAAAUGUGUUCAUUCUUGAUCUGAAAGAAAACACUUUUUUAAUCAGUAGUUUUAUGUAGUAAACAGAUUUUACAGCUUUCUCUAGUUGUCUGACCACUCAUAGCAUUUUUAUACUUCUGGGAUCAAAGCGCCAACCAUUACAACCAAAAGAUAACCAACUCUGCCAUGGAGCACAGUAGCUGAGUUUAAGGUUUACUGCAACACUCUUCUCUCUACCUGCAUGACUUUUUGCUGUAUGAAAUUCCCAUUAUGAGCUCAAAGUUUGCUGUUGUAAAAACAGUGAUAAAAUGGAUGAUAUAAGCCUUUUUAAAAAAUAUGUUGAAGUCCGAACUUAAAGGCUCGUCAGUGAGUCUAUUUGACAUUUGAGCUGCAUCAGUCAAGUACCAGGUCUAAAUGCCUUUUCAGGCUGUGCUCAAAGGACCCUCAUGCAGGAAGAAGGAAAACAUUCACUGGUCUGGUUCGGUGAAAGACAUGAGCCGUCUCUCCUGAUUGACAGUCUCACUUCUGUUGCGGUGUGGUUUAAGAUGGUUGUCAUGGAUUGAACAACAAAGUCCUUUUGUCUGAAAUAGAUAUUAAGUCACACAUUUUUAUCUGAUGAAAAAGGUUAAACCAGGCUGUCAAUAAAGCCUUACAAAUUACAUUACCAUUCUUGCCUUUGUUUCUGUCAAAGUCAUGCAUAUCAGGUUAUGUCAUCUUAACCUCAGACAAUUAGAAGUACGGACCUUUCUCUGCUGAAUAUUCCCAGGGUAGUUUUGAAUCAUGAGUCUGAUCUAGAAGUCCUUCACUUUGAGAUCUUUCCUUCUGUAAUUGUGAGUCUUUGACCCACAAGUCCAUGCAGGAGGUUGCUUGUGGUCUGCUUUUGCUAUAAAGUGGUGUCGAGUGUCUUUCCUUUGAGAGACUGAUCUUUAGCCCGCUGCGUUCCCUGUGGUUUCCACUUGGACUUGCAUAGUUGUUGAAAUUCCUAGUUGACCCAUUGUAUUUAUUGAAGCUUUUCCAGGAAUGUGAUUAGUUUGGGAUACUACAUGCCAAUGCAGCCUUAGAUUAGAUAAGCAUCAUUGACUUUUGGAUGUUGAAAACAAAAUGAGUGGGAAAGUGAUACAAGGGACAUUUUGAGUCCAAAGGUUAAACUUUUAUAAAGGUUUGAACUUAAAUGCAAUUGAGCAAUAAAGUAUAGAUUUUUUUAAUGUCAACAUCCUGCUGCUGGUUAAUACAGUGAUUUUUUUUUAAUGAUUAUUUGAAGUACAGGAUAAUUAUGUGUUUCCCAAGGUUGUUUUCUUUUCCAUCACUUGAAUCUUCAUGCCAUCUUAACAAAGUCAAGACCCUGUGAAAUCUCCAGCCAUGAGUUUGUUACCACGACUGGUCACUCAUGUCGGCAGUGUUUUUAACUCUACUGGAAACUUGGAGAAAAAGUUGACAGGAUACUUUAAAUUUUAAAUGGCUGCACUUAAAAUCCACUGAAUAGACGGUGAAUUACCACCAUCGCUCACACAGAAAGCUAAUUUAGGUCAUAUUACUCUGCUGAGGAUGUGACAUUUCUCUGCAGUGAGUUCAGCUCUGCAGCGAAACACAAAUUCGAUGAUUGAAUUUGUUAAAUACUUUUUUUUAAGGUCUUAAAGGUUUUUUUGAAGAGCUUUAACCUUGCUGUUCUUUUGAAAUUCUCAAUAAAUGCCUGUUUUUCAUGGUUAAAAAUACAUCCAAAUAGUUUUUCUUACUUGAAAUCACCACAGUGUUUUCUAUUCAUGCAUUCUGCCAUUGUUUGAUAUACAGUACAAUGCUUGUCAAAAACUGUACAAAUGGGUUGUUCUGUAAUUACACAGUAUGUAAAACCUUUUGCCUGAAGAAGUAGAGCUUGGGGCAGUAAAGAAAUAAGGAUAUAUUUAUUCUAAACAUAUAACUGAAUGAACAGAUGCACAUCACGAGAUGUAGCAAGAACCAUUAAUGGACUCUCCUGACUUGUCAUUUAUGAACAAAGAUGCUUUAAUCGUCUUUUUGUUCCCAACAAAGAGGUCUUAUCUCUGACAUACAUGUGAGUUAAAGCUCCCUUGAAGGCCUUUAGCCCUCCAUCAGUCCUGAAGUAAACACACUAGGAAACUCACCAUUCUCCAUCACAUCAAGUCAUCUGAAACCUUUAAGUGGCAUUUAUGAGACCAUGUUGACCCCACGCAGGAAACCCACAGUUAAGUCAAGUGCAGGACAGACUUCUUAGAAACACUUUGUCAUGUGAACAGAAUGUCCAGCACUCAGCAGCUCUUUGAGGAAAUCUACAUCUAUGAUGACAAAAUCUCCUGAAUUGAUUUAAUUAACCAGACAACAUUCAUGAAAUUGAAUGGUAGUUUCCUUCAGAGGCCACAGUAAAGGAUCACCUUUCCACUGUGUUGUGUCUACCACCUGUCUCAGAAUUCACAAUAAUUAGUUACACCAUUAUGGUAUGAAAACUAAAGUACUAAAAGAUAUUUGAUAUUCAUGAAAUAUACCACACAAAUUACCAGAGGCUGAAACCUGCUGUUUUUGGUUAAUAUGUGACUCUUUCCUGCACCAGCUAAAGGAGAGCAACCAUCCUAGAAAACUUUUGCAUCCAUCAACUUCAAAGACUUUUUACAUUCAUAUCAUCUCAGCAUAAAUGAAUAAAUUGACUCUCUGAUUAUUGGUGUUCUGUAACAAAGAGUGCAACUAUAAAUCUGCGAACCGAAGACUGUAAGUGUUCCCAUCGUAAGGGUUGGAGUCUGAAAUGGAGGAAAUGGCCAGUAAUAUGGGCACAAUAGUUACAGCAAGUUGACUUGAAGCUGUCUCUGCAGAUUAUGUCUUAACUUUCAACCAUGACAUAUUUUAGUUUCAGCUGUACUUUGUGGUAGCAACUGUUAACGUGCUCCAGUAGCUAUCAGGCUUCUGUGUUUAAUGGUGACAUAAAUAAAUGAUACUAUAAUACAGGGAUGCUUUCUGUCUGUGCCUCUGUUUAUUCUGGCAGAGAUACAUAUAAAGAGAGCCUCUAAAUGUCCCAUUUUAGAGGUACACCAAGGCCUGAUAGUGACUUUACAUAACGGCUCCUGUGAGGAACUCUCAGUUUGUCAGUUUGGCGCCCCCUGUGGAAAGAGCUGCCUUUGUUUAUCUUGUCCUUUUCAUGCUUAAGAAGUGUUUUCUGAUAUAAAACCUCAUCUUAAUGACUUUUGACUGUCAAAUGUAUCAUUUGGUGUAAAUAUGUAGUGUGUAAAAUGUAAAAACAGGGUUUUUCUUCAGCUGUUUGGUUUAGACAUUACAUUACAUUUUGUUAAUUUAUCUCACAGUUUUCUCCUGUUAUAACCACAUAAAUCACAUUGCUCAGUGUCAUAUGCACUAUAUAACUAUAUCUAUAUAACACUAUAUCAUAUCACUUGUAAAAUGAUGCUGAUAGGCACCAUGUUGCUGUCAUAUUAUGUCUUUUCAUGCCUUUUUAAAGGAUGUAUGUGACUGACAGGAGAUGAUUAGUGUCACUGACAGCUGCUGAGUGAAAGUGUUUAUAUCUGUUUAUGAACAUUAAGUCUGGUCCUGUUGGACAUAAAACAUACUGAGUUAGGUUCCCUGUGUAAAUAAAUGUAAAAAAUCUUCCAGGUCAGCUCUUGUGUUAUGUUUGGGUCACUGAUGUUAACAUUCACCCUCAUAAUCCCCCAGAGAGCUAGAUACCGGACAAAGACUCCCUCUUGGUGAAACAACUACCAACCCCCUUCAAAUCCAUUCAGCAAUUUUACAAAUCAAAACAGAACUGAACUUGUGCCUUUUUUCUGUCAUUCUUGUGUUUUCUAGGUUAUUAGUUGGUGCUCCAUAUGAAAUGAAUGGCCCUUACCAGACUGGGGAUGUUUAUAAAUGUUCACUGAGCAGAAGAAUCAAUGGCAACGGUUGCUCCAAGCUCAACUUAGGUACAGUAUCAUGAAACACACUCUCAUUUCAUUACAACGACAGGAACAGUGACAAACACAGCUGUACAACAUCUGGAUUGAUGUGUUUGCUUGUAUCGUAUCCGUGUUUAUCUGUCUGCUUGCUUUUCCGCAUCUGUCUCGGUAAACAUCAAGUUGGCAUGUGUGAGACAGGACUGUGGGCACCAUACCGAUCAUACCUCCUUUUACUGUUUUCUUAAAUGGUUUAUGUACAUUUCCACACAUGUGUUCUACCGCACAUCCCACCACAUGAUCUUCAUACUGGUCGCACAUGUGCUGUGCUGGUUAGGCGGGCACAAGAAGUCUUGUCAAAUAACCAUUUAGAUCCAGGGAUGCAGACAGCCAUUACUGCUGCCCAGACAGCAAUAACAAACCAAAGUCCCAGAUGGUGGGACUUCUGUUUGGUCUCUGAAGGAUAUCUUGUGUUUUUAUGUAUAUUUGAGUCCGUGCAUCCAAGACCCUCUCAGUGAGACUCUUUUUCACUUAAGGAAGGAUAUCUCUGACCAACGUAUCAGAGCGAAAGGACAAGAUGAGACUGGGAAUGACGCUCACUACUAACCCUAAAGACAACAGUUUUGUGGUGAGAAUGAAAAGGAUAACACAUGCUUUCUUUGUUUUUUUUUAAAUCUAUAUAUAUAAAACAAUGUAAUGGUCUUAAGCAGCAACAUGUCUAUAAAAAGCUUUGGUCAAACUGGACAGCCUAACAUGAUUGUCUUUUGAUUACAUGGUAGUUUUUCACCGAGGCGCUAAAAUGCUUUCUUUCAUGUUUCAGGCUUGUGGCCCGCUUUGGUCGUAUGAGUGUGGAAGCUCUUACUACAGCACUGGCAUCUGCUCCAGAGUCAACGCGAGCUUCAAGUUUUCCAGAACAAUUGCUCCUGCCUUUCAGAGUAAGCCAGACCGUAUCCUUCCUGUUUUACCACCAUCCAUGGAUAGUUUUUAUUCACAAUGGAAGAUUUUCUCAUUUUCAAACAUCUGUUUUGUCCAUUUGUGCUAUCAUGAUCGAGCCCUAUCUCUGAAUGAUUCGCAGGAUGUGAGACCUACAUGGACAUCGUGAUUGUUCUGGAUGGCUCAAACUCCAUCUACCCCUGGUAUGAAGUCCAGGCUUUUCUCAUCAACAUUCUUCAGAAGUUCUAUAUUGGACCAGGUCAAAUACAGGUGUGUAAGAAAGGAGGGAUUACUCAGAGAAGAUAGGAUAGAUUGGCAAUGUUUGAUGAGUUUAUGAAUACCAGGCUUGACAUUCACAAAAGCUUUCACUUCUUUGCCUGCUUCACACUCAUGAAGUCUUUCAUCGGCUCCUAAAUCUUCAUUGGUAGCUGUAGUUAGUCCCCAACAUGAAGGUGGAACUUGUGAUAAAUUGUUGUCACUGUGUGUUUUUGGGCAGGUUGGAGUAGUUCAGUACGGUGAAAAGGUGGUUCAUGAAUUCAAACUCAGCGACUACAAAUCUGUUGAGGAAGUGGUGAAAAGAGCUCGCAGUAUCAACCAGCGGGGUGGAGAGGAGACCAAUACAGCUUUAGGGAUCAACAAAGCACGGUACGGUGUCUCCUUUAGGACAACAAUGCUGCUUUUCUGUGAUUUGUUCAAUUGAAUAUAUCAAACUUGUUCUUGCAGCUCAGAGGCUUUCAAACAAGGAGGUCGGCGCGGUGCCAAGAAGGUGAUGAUUGUGAUAACCGACGGAGAGUCACAUGACAGCCCCGAUCUCCAGGAAGCUAUCGAAAACAGCGAGAAGGAUGGAAUCACCCGCUAUGCCAUCGCCGUGAGUCUGCUACACCUAUUACUCACCUGGGCUGGAUGGCUUACUCUUUAUGAGCGCCAACUCAGUUUUUUAAGGCUAAUAAAUUUCCAGCGCUGCGUUAAAACACCAUAAACAAUAACGAGGUGACCUCAUAGAGCUCAGUUUAGCAGAUCUCUCAUGAGCUUCGUUAAGAGCGGUGCCAAAAACACUCAGCGGGUUUGGAGAGCUCCAAACAAAACGCGCCGUGGAAGUGUCGUUAAAGGUGUAAAUGAUCUCCUUUAAACCACACAGUUGCCACAGCCGAUACAGCUAAUGGCACUCUUAACUCCAUCAAGUGGCUUAGUUUGGCAUCAGCAUCUGAGCCAAAACUCUGAAGUCAUUUGGUAGACGACCAACUGGGAUUGGUGGCAGGACUGACAUCAGCGCAGAAAAUCCAAAUCCUCUGAACCCCCCUCAAAGGGCGCUAAUUUUAACCUGUUAUAGGGCUGUUAAGUUCAAGCAGAUUUAUUACAUUGGUUCUGUUUCUGAUCUUAUCUUCACAGGUUCUUGGCUACUACAACCGCAGGGGAAUCAACCCAGAGGCCUUCCUCAAUGAGAUCAAAUACAUCGCCAGUGACCCAGAUGAUAAACACUUCUUUAAUGUGACAGAUGAGUCAGCUCUAAAGGAUAUCGUGGACGCACUUGGAGAACGCAUCUUCAGUUUGGAAGGUUUCGAAGAUGUUCAUUUUAACGAUAUUACAUUUCACUCAGUUGGCAGUGCUUCUGUGCAAAACAACAAAUCAAAAGUGCCUUUAAAAGCUGGAAUUACACUGCUCUUAACCAACCAACCAAAAAGACUCAAUGCUUGUUUAGGAUUAGGCUGCACUGAAAUCUUUAACAGUGUACUGCCUUGAGUGUACAGACCCAGAAUUUGGGGAUUUUUGUAUAUCUCAGCUUGAACUAAAAGACAGGAUGGUUUUGGUAAACUAAUACACCAUAAGCAAAUCUUAAAAAGCCACACAUUUAUAAUAAGAAAUAGCUGAUCAAUGGACAGAUCCAUUUCAAAGAAAAUACUAAACAAGAUUAUCUUUGGGGGAUUGGGGGGAAAAUUUUUUGAUUUUAAUGUUGACAUAUUCAAUCUUAUGUUAGUUUAAUACUCCUCUUAGUGAUGGAAAGCUGAGUUAAAUCCCAUAGCAUAAUAAAAUCCCUCUCUCCCUAAUUCAUACUGCUAUUUUGGCAACAUCUACUCUAUAUAUGAAAAGCAGAAAAGGUACUAAAAGCACAUCAUAUUCUCUGAAUCUUACAAUAAAACAUCUUCCUGAAGUUACCAGCGGCACACCUUUCUGAAGUUUUCAUUUAGCUUCAUUUUCUCCAGCGCUGCAGUGCUUCAAACUGUAACAGACUGACUUGUUUACACAGGAACCAGUUCGAAUGGGACGGCGUUUGGUCUCCAGAUGUCUCAGGCUGGAUUUUCUGCACACAACGUUGAGGUAAAGUUUGACUUCUGCUACCUCGUCCCCUUAAGCAUCUGUCACAUGAUAAAACAACACACAUUGUCUCAAUUUCUGGCGCAUCAUAACUCCUUCCAACAACCUGCCAUUUAUCACUUUCCAGUCCGCCCUGAGGGGCCCGCUGUGUGGCCUCAGAGGUUUAGGUCAUCCUGAUUUAGGGGCCCCUGACAGAGGAGACAGGUCAUUUUCCACUUCAGCCAUGCUGUGAUGGGUAAUGGGACACCGCUUGUUCCCAUGGGAAACAUAUCAGUGGGAAGCUGAAACAAGAUUGAGACAGUUCUGCUGCAGAUUGGGUUGUUUUCUUCUUUCUUAACUCAGAGGUUUUUCACUGUAUCUGAGAGCAGAUAGUCACAGGUGCGCUGGCUGUGAGGAUGAAGCAGCUGGAGGAGGAUGAUAAGACAUCAUGUCCUCUACUGUACCUGCUGUUCAUACUAUUAAAGUGAUUUUCAUUCCUCUCCUGUCUCUGCCCAGUCGUUUGCAGAGGCAACUGCUUUGGUUUUCCAGUUCCACUUCACAGUCUGAUUUGUCCAGGGAGGAAUAAAUAUAUCUCCUUUAUGAGGAAAAAUAAAAAACAUAUCAGAAUAUGCAGCUGGGUGGCAGCAAUAGCUGGAAAGUCUGUCCACAGGGCCAGAUUCAAGAGAUGCUCAACGACACCGACCUGGGUGUUGAGAGGGGGAUAACUUAUUGGAAAGAAUGUGAGGGCUUUAAAGGGGAAAAACAUUCCUGCAAGCUUGGAUAACUUUGGUGAUUGCAGAGCGUGCCAAGUGCCAACUUCGAAGGCUGCCUAUGUCGUAUACCAUCCAGGCGUUUGAUGCAUUUGCAUACAUGGCAGCCUCUCACUUUGUAUUUGCCACAGGAUGCUAUCACCACAUAACCAUCAGACAGAAACAAAUCACAAAGCUCAUUAGAGCCCAGCUGCAGAAUUGAGCAAGUAUCACUUUUUUGCAACAUUGAAUCUUGCAUAAACCUUUAUGUGGAAAAAUACUCAUGACUUAUUUGUCCAAAUAUCCCCCAUAAAUCAUUGAUCCAAAACCCCUCCAGCACAUAAAGAGUGAGCUCUCAAUCAAUACGAGGAACAUGUUCAUACAUGAAGCUGCAAAAGAAAUAGGUCAAUGCUUUACAACAUUAAACUGUUUUGGGGUUUCAUUCAUUUGCCAUGGAGACCAUUUGGACCAUAACAGAGUCGACCACACUGGCACUAUGCUGCUGUCAGAGAGUGACGUUGAGCGAGCGGGGUGAGCACGCAAUUCCAUCCUUAAGGGGGGAAUCGAAAGCCCCUCCAGCAUAUGCUUAAACACUGGAAAAUGUGUUGUCUGCAUAUUGUGUUCAGCUUGAAAAAAAUGCACUCAUUAAGCAAAGGAACCCUAUAAUUAUAGUGACACUGAUACACAGUAUGGUGAACCAUGGAACACAGAAAGCCCCCUCCUCUCUCCCUCUCCCUGUCUGCAGCUAAUAACACUUGCUGCUUUGUUUCCUUGUUGGGGGAGGAUUUAAAAAUACACUCAGAUCACAAUUAAGCCGUGACUUGUUAAUGGAGUUAAGAGGGAUUUCAUUACUUUCCCCUCACACUGUGGUUUGUGAUUGUGUGAAAAUUGCAGCUUUGUGCCUGUGGAUGAAGCAGAUGUUGAUCCGUGAAGAGUUUAGUUCAACCUGAGGUUUUUCACUUUCUUGGGAGCUCCAACUUUGUUUGCCUGAAUGUUUUUUAUUGUAGACAAGUUCAUGCACUAGAUGCUCCAACUUAAGCAGUAACGUGAGAUAGACCAAGGCAAAAUUGCAAUGGAUUAGGUUAGUCUGUACGAACAAGAGAAGACAAAGUCAAAACAUAAACAACACAGUAGACCACCGAUCAGACACUGGCCUAAUGUUUACGGUAGAGUAAUGCACGGUUUCAGAUAACUACAGAAGGAUGGAUGUUGCUUGUGUAAUAAGGAUUCACAAUGUUCAACACAAAUAAAACAAAGUGAGGAGGACUCAUCGUGACAAUAAACAAAGUUUUGUGUUUCCCUAUCAGACAUCAGACAUUAGAGCCAUUUCCAUGUAACCAUUUUUCAACAUGAUCUUUCUACAGCAAUACAUAUGCAUGGGAGUAAACUAAUAAACUGCAGGAGAGUGAGAGAGAAAAAAGGAUACAUCUAAUUAAUGAUGUUGUAAUCCACAGAUGUAGUUGUAGGAGCAGUGUCGGCCAUGUUGGCUGAGGUGGCUGAACUGGGCUUCUUUUUAUAUGCAGGGGUGGUGUUUAAGUAAACAUGCACUGUGCACAUAUGAGGGUAUUGCAUUUAUAUUCUCUCUGUGUCAUUGUAUCUGUUUGCACUAUGAACAUUUGUAGAAAUAGCGUUACACUCCUGUGAAUAUUUAAAACUGAAAAAGUAACACAACACAAACUGGCAUGAGCCAUCUUUGCUGAAAUCUUUAAGGGCCCAAAAAGAUUUAUGUCCAAAUUCACAAAUUCAAGUUUUAACCAAAGAGAAAGUUCUACUUUUAGAUGAAAGUAGAACAAGCUGCAGGUUACAAAGUCAAAAUAGUUCAUUUUAACACAAGUCAAAACUCUGACAAGACCAAUCAUGUGUUGGGGUUUUGAGAGCGCGCACUAGAACGGCAACCAGAUCUCAGUUGGGGGUGAGGCCCUGGCCACCUCUGCCCAUCCAUUGGAUCUGCCGCUGUGUUGUUGACCUCCCCUCUUGCAUUUCAUGUAACCAAGACCACGUUUGACCACAAGUGGAGUUACACCGUCAUUAAUCUGACUGAAAGUAAGAAGAGCUAAAUGGACUGUGGUCUGAAUUUUGGUCACACUUGUCGUACUUUCCAUGACUUCAUCAUUGACAUGUACGGCUGUAACUAUGUUGUAUUCGAGCAGUACAAACAAGUCAGCUCCUAUUACUUUGCUGUUUGGAGUAUAAUGAUGAACUCUACUGCACCUCUUCCACAGGAUGGGAUUCUGGUGGGAGCUGUCGGGGCCUAUGACUGGAACGGAGCGGUGCUAAAGGAAACCCGCCAAGGAAAGGUGGUCCCUCCUAAAUCUUCAUACGCACAGGAGUUCCCUGAAGAGCUAAAAAACCAUGGCGCUUAUUUAGGUGAGUAAAGACAGGUGGUUUUUAUGCAGUGAAAUUAUUUAGUUGUUAUUGAAGUGUUUUUUGAAAACUGUCUGAAGCCUUUUCAGCCCCAUUUUUGCUCAUAUGCUCUUGACCUGUGAGAAUACUUAUGGUUCAACACCCUCUAUCUCAACUGCAACCCAUCUCUACAAAGUGUACCCAUUUCUCCAUCGCUUCCCAUCACAUCCAACCCCUUCUGACUUCAAGACCACAGACCUCUGCUUUUACCAUCAGUGGUUUUUCUCUGAGCUUAUCCAACAGGCUGCCAAUGGAAGCCAUUCUAGACUCAAUAGUAAUAUGAGGUGGAAGCAUAAUUUUGGAUGGGCAGGGAGAAAGUUAAAGCUGGGAAAAAGAGGGUAUAAAGACAAGAACUGAAGGUGGAAAAGUAUACAAGGAGCAAGUGGAAUUUUUAAUGCCAGAGGAUGAAAUAAAAGACGCAGAAGAAGAAAUCUGAGAAACCUGAGAAAUAAGAAUAUCUAGUGCUGCGUAAGUGAAGGGUGCUCAGAGUUUCAGCUCCUUGAGUUGCAACAUUUUACAAUUUUUCCUUGAGUCAUGCAGAUCUCUUUGAUGAAAUUCAACUUAAAAGGUCAGGCCAAUCACUGUAGCGCACUCAAACAGAAGAACAAAGCCUAGCACUUAAGUGUUUCCAAUUACAAAUGUGGCUAUAAAGAAAAUAUUUCACUGAAUUGACAGACCCAUAAUUGAUUUUAAAAAAGGUGGAAAGAACACAAAUAAUUACCUCUUUAUCUGUGUACUUCAGACAUUUGUUUCCCGUAAUUUGAAGCAGAUUUAAUGUGUGUUUGUGUUUGACUCAACCAGGUUACACUGUGACAUCUGUGGUGUCAGCCAGAAAUGGGCGUCUGCUCGUAGCAGGAGCUCCACGGUUCAACCACACCGGCAAGGUCAUCAUCUUCACUCUGACAAAUUCGGGUCAGCUCGCCAUCCUGCACUCCCUCAAAGGACAACAGGUACUAAAAGCGCCUUCUUUAAACCUUUUAGUUGGUGCCGGCUUCUAGAAAAUGCCACGAGUUAACAAGGAGUGUUUUAUUGCUUUGUUUUGAAAUACUGUUUUCACUGCUACUGAUGAAGUACAGCUAAGUUCAUAUACAAUGCAAGGAGAGGGAAGGGAAGUUCAAGCUUCUGUGAAAAGUCUAUUUAUUACAGUCUAUAUGUUCAGUAAUUUAGUGAUUUAGUGAUCCAGUGACCCUUGACUGCUUGUCGUUUUCUUACUCCAUCCUCUUCAGCCUUCCUUUCUAAGUUGGGGGAAAAACUCUAUAAAAUAACUAACCAAAAAAUAAGCCAAUAGCUGAUGGGGUUUCUAUUCAAAAAUUGAAGCCUAUAAGAAAAGAGGACUGUGCAACACCACUAAAGUCCAAAUGUAUAACAUACAGCUUUGAUGGUGCAAGUCGUCAUAGGAAACUUGCUGUAUGUUUGAUUUGUGUCUUAAAAUUUUAUAGCCGGUGUUAUAUAAUUGUAACUUUAAUCCCUUGACUUCACAUCAGAAAGUCUGUACCCUACUUUCUGAUUUGCGUUGAGUUUAAAAAUAUCCAUCUCUUCAAAAGGGUUGUGACUGUAUGUGUUAAUGACUGUUACACUCAUAGCUGGCUGCUCCUCACAGGCUGCAGGCCUGAAGUGAUCCUGCAGCAGCUUACAUUGUACCUUGUCAGCAACAGUUCAUCCAGAACGGCAGAUGUGUUUUUUUGCAGAAAGGUUUCUUGAUCUUACAAUUCCUGAGAAAGGUUUUUUUUUAUUUUUAUUGGCAGAUGUUUCUAAUCUGAAAACCAAUAGAGGAUGUUCCAUCCAGUCUGGUGACCGAUCCAGACUCCCUCUCUUUCUCUCUCUCCCUCUCUCUCUCCUUGUGAAGCUUUCACAGUCUGAGCAUUCAUAAAAGCCUCGAGACUUUGACCGCUGACUUUGACACAACACAUGUCUCCAUUUGCUAACAAUAUUCAUGUUCAAAAGCCCCUCAGGAUGAUCAGUAAAUCAGUGAACCCAAACAACAUCUGGCUCAACAAACAAUGGAAGAAAGCCAAGAAUUUCAGUUCCAGCAUGUGAUUGUUUUUAAAGGAUAAAAAAUGAAAACAACAAAGUUCCUACAAUAAGAUGAAUACAUGUCUUUCUUGUAUUAGAUCGGCUCUUACUACGGCAGUGAGAUUGCACCUGUGGAUAUCGAUGGUGACGGUAUAACCGACAACCUUUUGGUGGCAGCACCCAUGUUCUUCAGUGGAGGCCUGGAGAAGGGGAAGGUCUACAUCUACAGAGUGACAGAGCUGGUGAGUUCAAAGGGGAAAAAGAUUAAACAAACACAAAGUAGCUGGACACAUACAGGGAAUAAUCAGUCCUCUACGGAGCGACCGGCUGUGCAGAAUUGGGUCAGCACCUGUUUAAACUCCAGCAAUACCCAGUAAUUUCCAACACACCUCACCAGAAGUGUCCAGUAACGUACUCCAAACCAAACCAGACCUUGUUGCAUUCCAGCCCCACAGUUAACACACUGGCAUCCCGCAGACAGAAACCUGACACAUGACCCCGUCCAGAUUAAACCUGGAGAUCAAUAACAGGACUGUGCCAUGCCAGUGUGCGACUUUUUCAGAUGUGAAGUCUGAACUCAACAGGAAAGUAUUCUGCCCCUUCUCAACCCAUUUCCAGCAAGCCAUUUGGAGGCGAGAAGUUUUUCUAAUAGAGGGAAAUUUCCUGGUGUUCCAGGCCUGUCUUGCUCAUUGGAAUAAUAAAUGUCUUCAGCUGUUUUGAAUCCACUGAGCAGGCAUGGACAGGGUCUUUAAAUAUCUGUUAAGACUCAAACCACAUCACAGGUGGAAGGCCAAGCGGAGCAGCUGAAAACAAAACACCAACAGAAAGAAAUACCCUUUUUAAAAAGUGUCUGUCAAUGAGACAGCAUUGCUACAAGUGAAAGGAAAUUUGUCAUGGCCAUGUGGUUGAUUCAGGUGUUGCUAUAGAUGCUGCGCGGUGCUCUGGAAAACUGUUUAAAUGGGGUACUCUGGUUCAAAAAUGUGUCACUGUAACCACAGCGAAUAUUAUUCAUUCUUAAUGUGAUACUGUAGACCUGACUUUAUAAGGAGGUGCAAAAAGGCCUUUUCAGCGACUUAGUGCAGGUACUAUCAAUUAUCAGCUGAGCUAACAGGGUGGAGAAUGUCAAGGCUAAUGUGGAGAGAGUGGGGGGUUAUGGUAAUCAGAAUUUAGACGGGGUGAAUAGGUGUUGUCACUAUUAUCCCAUCCAUGACCCAGCUACUAACUAAAGAUUUGUACAAGUUGACUCAUUUUUUAAUGAUCUUAUUGAUUUUAAAGUUAUUGUUUUAGCAGGUUUUAGAAAAGAGUCCCUCUGAUUCUCUCAUGGCUGCAGAUUCUGAUCGGCCUCAUACAGGUUAACUCAAUUUAACUAAAGCUAUGGUUUAUCUUUAUUUUCUUGUCCCUGUAAUGCAUCCAUGUUUUCUAUUUAUUAUGUUAUUUUUAUGCUGAUAUGGACCCAUGAGUCAGGGGGGGCUGCAAAAGAUGAACCAGCAAACUAGACGGUUAGCAACACCUGUAGCUCCAGUUUGACUGCAAGACACCUUAAGAGGUUUCUAGUUUUAAGAGUUUGGAGUUGUGUUGCUGGUGAAGAGUCUCAAUGUGUGUGGUGUGCACAUUUUUGAAUAUCAGACACCAUAGGAGCAAAUCUUUCCUGAUUUAUUGUCAUGUGUUGGGACAUUUUUGAAGUCUGUUAAGAUUUUUAAAAGUCUUGUAGUGUGUGCCAGGCUUUACAGAUUUAGAAAGCAACCUGAACCCGACAUUGUUGACACAGUGUCAACAGGCAAAGAUAGAACAUGCCUUUCUUUUUUUUUGUACAUUGAUUUGAUGUGAUGUUUGGAGUCACAUGGUCUCUAUGAUGUUGCUUUUAUUGUUGAGAUUCUUGCAUUUAAGUCAGCUGUUAAGUCAGGGUUUUGUGACCAUAACUCUUGUUCUGGUUUGACUAGAACUGCUCCAACAGGCUUGUUUGUUACUUUGCUCUGAAGUGGGAAGAAAACUAAUCACUAAAGGUUUAGUAUUGUCACGGUAAGCAGGUAAAAAUAUGUCGGUUUAAAGCACAGCUGAGUGCACGGCCUCACAGAAUCACCAGUAUGGCUGUAGACACUCUUCUUAUCUAUCUAAAUCAGAUUUUCUGUCUGCUUCACUCUCAUUUCAACACUGUCUGAGAAGAAAGCCUUAAUUCAUCAGGGAUGUAUAAGUGGUUUAGCAGCCAUACAGUCAGAAAUAUUGAUGACAAUCUAAAAUGGAUUAGAUAACAAAUGACAAACUGAUAAAGAGCUGCCUUAUUGCAGGGAUAAUAACUAUAAGUCAAAUGCAAAGUCAAGUUUCCUAAAGUCUGUCAUCUGGAGAAAAAUAAAAUUCCAUUCACAGAAAGAAGUUCCAAUUCAAACUUACUCCCGAGCCCCUGCAGACCGAUGUGACCCUUCAUGGCCUCCUCACAAACCAUAUGUUUCGAAUUUAAAAAGCACUGAAUGGAUUUCUCCGCCAAUCUCCCCCUUUGUCUCUCAUGCUCACAUCAGGUAGCCCAGAAGUUAAAGCUACCUUCUUAAAUCAGCUCCCUACCCAAUUAUUCAAGGGAAAAAACAUGUGAUCUCAUGUUUCGCCCGUCGACUCUAAAUUAUAUUAUGAGUUUGGAUGCCUAGUGGGGCAAUGACAUGCAUGACUACUGAUGGACUAAAGUAUUUGGCUCCAUUUUGUCCGAUUGCCUUCUUUGAAAAAUGUUCCAGUCGGGUAGCUGCUUUCAAAGACGUGGAUAUUUUCCAUCUGACUUUGCAUUGACUAAGAAUAGAACUUCAAACAAAUACAUUAAAGCUAUACAGCGGUCUUCAGUCCUUUUACGACCCGGAGGUAAAAUUCCUCACUUUUUGGUACCAGAUGUUCCAGAUAUUUGAGUUCAAAACGGCAGAAUUAAAGGAUUAUGUUGAAAACACAGAAGCUGAUCCAAACUUAAUUUAUCAGUUUGAUUAGAGGACAGAUAGUAAAAAAUCUCUGUUUAUUACUUUUUCCUGAAAAAUAAAUUACAGCACGAUUAGCUCACCGAGGAUGGUUGGAGGUAAUUGGGAAAACAAACUCAGCUGGGUGGAGGGCAACAAUCUCUGCUUUGGUCUUGUUAUGAGCCGUCUAAAUGAAUAGAUGAUAGAUCAUUUGUAGAGCAGCGGAGGGAUCCAAAUGGGAGCGAUUUUAUGGAGCGGUAAUAAGCUAUUUUCUUUUCUGUUAAAGCUUUUUCUUGCGGAGCUUAUACUUGUUUGUGAGUUUAUGUUUCUUUUUAGCCAUUAUAGUUUUCUUUUAAAACUAUAAUCAACAAGGUGUUGUGAGUUAGUUUCUGGCACUAAUAUCAUCGCACUGAUAUUCGAUUUGGCAGUGAGUCCUACUGAUGACUUGGCUGAGGUAAAUAUGAACUCUGGAUCUCGGGGAGGUCUGUAAAAUCUGUUUAGUUUUGGCCAAAACAACAGUUUUCUGAAACAGUGGCCAAACAAUAAUAAAGUGUAUAUUGACCAGUAUGUAGUAAGAGUCGUAAUAUAAUUUUAUGAUAUACAGGCACAGAAAGAUUUCCAGGAGUCAGCCCUACAACUGAGACCAAUAAAACCUUAAAAAUGCACUCUUUAGUAAAAGACAAACACAACAGUGAACUUUUAAGGUAAUGCUGUUUUAUUUAUUUUUUUACAAAUGGCUGAGUUAAAUCAAAACAUUUCUGCAUAAAAUCUGUAGAAAAUAAGGGAGACCAGUUCAGUUCAGGGAAGAAUUCACUAAGAAUGGAUCACAGCAGCCAAAAACUGCACAUCAUUUACCCCCUGAUAGCUGCCCUGUCCUGAGGUCUAGUUCUCAAAGCAAAUUUCACUGAUAUUCAAACGCAAAACACCCACAAAGUUCUGCAGCUGUGUGCAGUUUUUUUCCAGUUGAGAUAAGCUAUCAGCAUCUCAACACUCUUCUUUGUCCAAUAAAUAAUAACAAUGUUUGUUGUUGUCUUGAUCACAGAAAAUUUUGAGUAUGACAACAUUGAUAAAUACUGCAGUACAUGCCUUUGGAGGUGGCCUAUUUUGCUCAAAACACGCAGAAUUCCCCCAUCAAGUCUGAGAGGGCAAAGUUGACUCCUCUUGUGUUCACCAACAUAUUUUCAUUUUCACACGACCAAAAUAAGUCAGUAAAACUGUUGUUAGUCAGUACUCUCCUGGAGAUCUUUAUUAGUAAUACCUAUCAGUCUAGAUGGAAUUGAAUUAAAGUUCAACCAAAACAAAAAAAGGGACCUUGAGUUUUUGGUGAUGAUCUGGAUCUGGAAAAGUGAUCAAAACAGGACAAAUAAAGAUUUAAUAUGGUACAUGUAUUUUUUCCCAAUCUUGUGUGGUCUUUGAAGAGUGUUUUUAUUCUUUGACCCUGUGUGUUCAAGUUCAUUUUUUGGGAUGAGCAGCCAGAUACUUGCUCUGGGACCCGCCACCAAAGUAGAUGUCUUUUCUCAGAAUGUGUACUUAAGUGUACAAUCACAAAUUCCUGUGUUGAAAAUAAAUAUCAAACAUCCCUGAGGGUGCAGUUGCAUUCUGUUUUUUAUGUCGUUGGAACUAAAGUGAAAGAAUUGCAUUGUGCUUGCAGCAUUGCAGCAUUGUGUAACUAAAUGCACAUGGCUUUAAUCAAAUAUCACCCUGUAAUGUAUGCUGAAAAACAAUAUUAAAAAUGCUGAUUGGUAUGUUUCUCCUCAUCUCUACCAGAACCGUUUCAUCCUUGAGGGUUCGUUGGAAAUCCACAAUGGAGGCCAGAAUGCUCGCUUUGGUUCCUCGCUUGCUCCUGUCCCGGAUCUGAACGGUGAUGGUUUCAAUGACUUGGUGGUGGGAGCCCCACUGGAAGACGACCACAAAGGAGCCAUUUAUGUUUUCUUCAGCCAGCAUAACCGAAUACUGCGCAAAUAUAAACAGGUAAGAAGGAAUUUGUAUGUUUUUUUCCUACCAAUUACAAUCACAUGUACCUCCUACGACUACUGCUGAUUAUUAGAGUACCAUAUGGUUUACAUCUGAGUAUCUCUCUUCCAUAUGGUCACUGAUUUGUGUACAUUUAGGUAUGACUAAAAGAAUUAUUUACUGGCUCACACUUAUGAAGGCAAAGAGAAAAAAGAUCUGGCAAGUAGAACACAGGAAAAAACACGGGAGAGGACGUACUCAUGAACAGAAAACACAAGGGGAAAGGGCUGACAUACAAACUGAGUGAUAAAUAGGGAAGUUAAAGUCAGGUGGAUAUUAAGGAUCAGAGGGAGAUUACAGAAACACUCAGGAACAGGUGGACAGGAACAGGUUGACAGAAGAAGCUAACAACCUGACAGCAAAAUAUGUCAAUACAGGAAAGCUUUUGAGUGGGUAGGAGGGGUCGCACAAGCCGUAUGUCAUUCUGGAUUAAUACAAUACAUAUAUUCACCUCACAUUCAUGUGGAUUAUAGUGUAUGUCAGCGUAAGUUCAAAUGUAAUAAUGAAGUAAAUCAAACAGUGUGUUAGAACUGAUAAGUUAGAUCAUUUUAGGGAGAAAAAUACAAUAAAACGUUAGUUUCUAUUAACCAGUUUAGACUUUAAUGUGCAACUGUAUUUUCCCAGAACGUGUCUGAAAAUAUUAACUACUCUAAUAGCUUCAUUUCUGUAAAUUUGCUUGUAAACCCUUGUCACUGUCUGCAUGGUCCUGAGGUACUCAGAUUACCCCUUUAUUUGUGUCUCAGAGAAUAGCAGCAGCAGAUCUGGCUCCUGGCCUGCAGUACUUUGGCCGCAGCAUCCACGGCACAAUCGACAUGAACAAUGACGGUUUGGUAGACCUGGCAGUGGGCUCUCUUGGUGCUGCUGUUCUCCUCUGGUUUGUAUUUCUCCCAGAAAACAAUACUGUUUGAGACAUCUCUCUGCAGAAGUACUUAAAUGCAUCCCUCUUAUUCCUGUUGUAAUUAUGGUUUGAAACAUGCUUGUAGAGAUAAUCCCUUUUCCAGAAACAUUAUUGACUCUUGAAGUUAUUGGUUGGCUUUAUUUUUGACACCUUUCAACUCUUCCAGGUCGCAGAGUGUUGUCCGUAUUUAUACCAGCGUCAGAUUUGAGCCCAGUAAAGUCAACAUCUUUGUGAAGGACUGUCAGCGAGGUGGCAAAGACGUGACCUGCAUGUCAGCCAUUGUGUGUUUCAACAUCACCGCCAGGACAGCCAUCCCUCCCACACAGGAAAUUGGUAAGCCAGAAAAAUAAUCCACUGCUGUGAAAGCAUGUCAGUGAAGUUUCCUCGCUCUUCUCCUUGUCUUCGCCAGAGAGUUGGUUUGCUUCAAACCAACUAUCUGGUCGGUUUCAUCUAAUGGUGGAGCAGAACCUUCUACUUUUUGCACAUCCUUUCAAAUCCAAAGACAACAGAGGUCUAAAAGUGUUUUCCUCAAAAAUGUCAGUCUUUACAUCAAACAGGUUCAUGCUGCCAACUGUGUUAUCAAACCUUUAACAGACGAUCCUCUAGAUAUGCUCACAUACGGAAAAUGCAUAUUUUGGGUCAACAGUUUGAUACAGGUCAGCAGUUUUUUGAGUUGUGGUGCAUUGUGGAGCAAAACUUGGACGGUUUCAAGUGAGAAAAGCAUUCAUCCCUUUGAAUGUAUAUCCUUCCUUUCAUAGCUCCAGUGGACUUUCAGCAUGUGGCUUCCUGUAAAACUGCCAUGGCUCCUUCCAUUCAAACUGGUGCCAAAGAAAAACUUUUCUUUACAAGCAGUAAGAGAUUCUGAUCUCACUGCUGUUUCUGAGCCAAAGCCAGUGCUACUGCCUCAACAACUGGCACAUUUUAUCCAGAGAGCUGCUAUCGAAUGUUCCUUCAGUGCUGGAAUGCUGUUUGGAAAGCAUCCACAAGUUUGUCUCUGCUCCGUCCAGCAUUAAAAGAAAGUUAUUUCUUAUUGUUUGAAGGUGCUGAAAGCUCUCACAGAGCUGGAGCCUUCAGAUGGGUGUGUGCCCCUGACACCGGCCCACCUGCAUAGAACCGCAGGGUCCCUCUGCUCACAAUUUGUUUUAAGAGGCGUGGUGACGAGGCUCAGUUUCAUGGUGUAUCAGGGAGAGGAAGUAAAAGGUGCUUUGGAGUGUGUUCUGUGUUAACCUCCUGACCCUCUGACAUCUUUAUCAAAUCUAUCAGAUGUGCCAAAACAGAGACGAGGAAGAGGACAGGGAGGUAUCUUGUCUGCCAUGGUUUCAUACAGUGGAGCACGUUUAUUUGAUUUUCCUCUCAUUGUCAUGUCUGGUUGGUAAUGCACAGCAGAUGUGCUGGUGUUUGUGAGUUUGCUGUGGUCUGUUGCAUGAAAAAAUGGAACUUUUGUCCAAAACAGUGAAGAUAAUGUUGUUGAUACAAAUGUCUAUUUACAGCAUUUCAACCAAAGUGUCAACAAAAGUAAUCUUUUAACAUCCAACGAUGGGAUCUGAGGAAAUGAACUGAUGAUAAAUGUUGCUCUUAAACCAGGAAAGCUGAAGUUUAAGCGUCUGCAGAAGAUUUUGUCGUGUAAAUGUUUUUUCUGUUGCUUUCAUCAACGUCAGAAAAAUGUUUCUAAUCCAGGGGAUGGUUGUUGUGAGGUGAAAAGCAGAGACAAAUCCAUUAACUCUCCAGAUCUCUGCACACAACGCUCUGAGAUUUAGCCCAUUUUGAUUCCCUCAUCGACCCAAAACACGAAACAUGCACAGUCCAGCUUUGGUCGAUUUUUCCUCAUGCCAUGAAAACACGAGGCAGUGAAUGGAAAUGGUUUUCAACAAUGUGGCUUGGACUUAACCCAGGACUGAACCCAAAGGGUUUGGACUCUUGUGUAUGUUGGUCACACAUCCGUCAUAUGUUCACAGUCAAGCUAAUAUUGUAUUGCACUGUUAGAGUGAUGUCAUGAUCCACCAUAGCCAGUUUGCCGCCAUUUGUCAAUUAGCUUCUACCGCACAAAGUUCAACGAUCAAAGUGACUUUAAUAGCGAAGGACUUUUUAUAACACCACUAAGAAGUGUUUUUCUUUACUUUUUUUCUUGACUAACCAGGAAUCAAAUUUAACGUCUCUAUUGCGGAGAGGCGAUUCAAUCCUCGGGCUGUUCUGGACAACCCAAACAAGCUGCAGCCUCAAAACCGGACCCUCCUUCCUGGAACGGAGAUCUGCGAGCACAUAUACUUCCAUGUCAUGGUGAGGCCCACAUUCAAAUGUCAAACUAGCGAUCAUAACUUCUAAUGACAGAACUGGCUAUGAAAUUCACUGCUUAUUGAAUAAUUCAUGUCAAUAUUUAAAAUUUCCAGUAGUUUAUUUUGAUUGGAAAGUUGAAAUGGCAGAUUGAAGACAGAUUAUAAAUAUGUCGCAUGUCAAAUUCUGUAAAACUUAAGGGUCAUUCAAGAGUUAAAGGCUGUUUUGGAUGCUCUAUUUUGAAUAAGAUUUUAGCAUAAUUAUUGUUGGUGAAAGAAAAAAAAAUCAAUUGUCAUGCUAACCCAGAAAGUCUUAAAGUUUCAUAAUUGGCACUGGUCUCCCACACUGGUCGACAGCAACACAUGCCACACACAAACGGAGAUUAUGAUAAUAUAUUUCGGGCAUUUCUGAAUCCUCUGAAUUCUUGCAAACCCUCUGAAAGCAAGAAAUACUGGAGUGCCAUAGAUAGAGUGCCACGAUAGGGUAAAUCCACAGACUAAUAUCUGGUUUCAAUGUUUUAUGAUAGGAGACCACAGACUACGCAAGACCCAUAGUGUUUGCUGUGCAAGUGGGACUGCAAGAUCCAGAUAACGAGCCAGUCCUGGAUGACAGCUGGCCCACUGUCCUCAAGACUGAGGUGAGACACAAUCAGUUAACACUGAGUAAUAAAAAUACACCUCCAUGAAAUCAUUUCUGAUUCUAUCAGAGUAGGAAUAAAGAGGGAGAUUUAGAGUUUCUCUGACUGAAAUCAUUGUUUCUUUGACCAGCUGCCUUUCUGGAACGGCUGUGACGAAGACGAUCGCUGCAUACCUGACCUGGCUGUGCAGAGUAUGAAUGACCUGAUGACUCCAAAGUAGGUACACACAUUCAUCAAAACACACACCAGUACAUGCACAUGUAUUGAUGCACCAAGGGAAAGAAUAACUGGGAAGAACAGUGCAGCACAGUAAUAUGAUAUUUUGCAGGAUUGUUGCACCACUGCACGGGGGUCUUUUAUGAACUUUGUGUUAUAGUGUUGUAUUGUAGUGAUAAGAGUGAGUUGCCUUUUAAGUCCACUAGAUGGUGCUGAGUUUCUGGUGGUGUUAGCAAAGGUCAUGGGGUCACCAUCAGUAGAAAUGGUAGAAAGUAUUUUAAAACAAAACAUUAUUGUUAAAUAUCAAAAUAGAAUUCAUUCAUUUUAAAGUCUUCCAUCCUCUAAAAGAGCUGCCUAACUUUUCCAUAGACGUUGGAUUGUUUCUGAUAACUAUACUGUUACAGUAGUCAGCACUUAGUCAAGUUGGCUGCAAUAUAACUCAAGUUUAAGUUGUGCAUGCAGGAUUUAUGGCAGGUUUUCAUAAAGAAGUAUUUGAUAAAGUUUGCAGAUGGAAAAAAGUUCAUGAUUUGCAGCAUUCUCCAUUAUCUGUUUUUCCAGUUCUCAGAUUCUUGCACAGUGAAAACAUCAAAAUAUUUUGGCAUUGUGCUGUGAUCAGCCGAUGCUUCUCAAUCCUUCAAAAAUACUGCUUCUUAUGUUUUAUGCACAUCCUCCCUCCUACAGUCAUUUUUGCAAGCAUCCCGUCCAGUCCCGUGGUGCUUUUUGCCGGCACUUAAGUGAAGUUGGGAGCGAGGGAUCUCUGCGGGUUAUGGAGGCACACAGGAGGAGGAUGGUGGUGGACAUCCGAUUGGAGAACAAAGGAGAGAACGCUUAUAAUGCUCGCCUGAAUAUCACAUACACACCCAAUCUGCGCUUCUCAAGCCUCAUAGUCAAGGUGCCAUUUCAUUCCCUAUCAUUGGUGAUUUUUGUAGUUUCUGAUGAGGACAUACUUUCUUUAACUGUGUGAUAGUUUUCUGCUUAACCAGUGGGUGAGAUAAAUGUUAGAUUUAUAAAUGCAGGUAAUCAAAGCAGUUAAAAUAAUCAGUUUUUAUCUAAUUUAAUCCAGGACAACUCUGACAUCAAAAUAGAGUGCUAUGUGGAGGACAAACUGAGGAAUGAGAAGAUCUGCAACGUCAGCGCUCCGUUCAUGAGGGCCAAAUCUCAGGUGAGUUCAGAAAUGCCCCCAAAAAGACUUCACUCUUUAUACGCUGGAAUAUUUUGAAACUACUGAGGACUUUGUUUGCUAUUAGAUAACUUACUAGCAAUAGCAACCAGAUGAAUCUGGGUUUGUUUUUUGUUGUUACAUUUGAAUCAGUAAAUAAUGAAGUACACCUUUUUUGCAGAUGUAGAGUAUUUUGUAGUAUGUGUUAUUUUUGUUCCUGGAAGUCUUAAAAUCCAAGAAGGCCAUAUGUUUUAUAUUCAUAUUUUUAUGAUUCUGACUAAAAAGAAAGCAGAUGUAAAAGCUGAUUUUUCCGACCAUAAAAAAUCAUUCAUUUUGGAAGUUUCAUGCAGACUCCCAAACAGGAUCAAAUCACUUUAGACGGUUUCACAGAAACAAAAAUCUGGACACAUGUCCGACAGCUUAGAGUUGCCUCUCGUAUUGUAUUGUGCCACACUGCUCUGAAGCUGAAAAAACAUCCACUCAGGUCACACUGGACCACAUGGCCCCAAAUCACAUGCUGAAGGCUUCAGAUGACCAUGACAGACCACACUGGUUAAUGCAAGACCCACAAACCAGUGAGGGGAGCCCAGUUUAGUUCUGGUUUGGGAUUUCCCCUCUCCUAACCAUCUCACAUCCAAGUUUACAGCGUUAACACUGAAACAUGUCCCUCUGCAUUUGACUUUAUAACUACAACAAAUGUGGUGAAGAAAGCAACUUUAAUCACUGUCAAAGUGAUUGGCACAUAGAGACUAUAACCAGUAUCCUGACCUGAAUUUAGAGCUCCAAGGUUUUAACCAUGACUUAAUAUACAUGCACAAAGGAUGUCUGGUCUUUUUCCAUUACUUCCCAAACCAGUUGUAUUUUUUCAAAACUUAAAAUUAUCACACAAUCGGAAAAGAAAGUGGAAAGAGGUUUAAAAGUUAGAAAAAAAGUUUCCGUAGUGGGAAAAAAAGCUGUGCAUUCACUUUUUGCAACUCACAUGAAGCCCACCCAGGAAGUCUUGUAGAGAGAUAUUGAUGGCAUAUAAAAAUGCACAAAUAAAUAAUACAAAUGAAUAAUUAAAGAGAGAAAAGCAUCAGAGAGGAGAGUAUGUGGGGCAGUAAGCCAUACUCAGCAUUAAGUUUGAGUGUCACUGAUUUUAUUGGAUCCAGAAACAGCUUCCAGAUUGCGUAAUACUUUUAAGAAAGCCCUGAUAGAGUAUCCUAUUUUCUUCUUCCUCCCUGGAACUUAAAAUCUUUCCAAAUUAAGUAGGUGAAAUGUGCUUCCACUUCUGAAAACAUGGCCUCAGACCAGAGCAGGAGUGUCAGCCACCACAGUUUACAUUGUACCAGAGGUGGUGAGUGACAUAAGUUAUUUUGAAUUUUAGUUGUUGUUACAAUUAUUUGAGUUUCUUUUGUCAAAAGUUGAAAAGGGUACCAAAAUAAAAACUACUUUUUUGGCAGCCCUCUGUUGGAGCACGAAGCAUAGUGAUACCACCCACAUUAUUGGUCAGUUUUUAUAUACCCAUAUGUAUUAUGAUUCAGUUGCAUACAUUUGUAUUUAUAUCAGGGAUGUUGUAACAGCAUCAGAGUUUGUCUUAUCAGGAGGUAAGAUUAUUAAGAAUGGGUGCUCACUGUAACACAGACACUAACUAAGGAGUGAAAGGUUGCACAAGAAGAAAUAUGCCCUAUAACCUGUCAUUUCAUAAUUAACAUGCAGCGUAACUGCAGCCAAUGUCAUUAAUGACUUUUUCUAGUGCAAGUUUACUGUCAAAUAAAUCAAAGAAGGCGCUGUGAGAUCUGCUAUUUUCCCCCAACAACUGUCCUGGACACAAUAUCAAAAUGAAGACGUACUGUGUGAAAACAAGAGGGAGUCUCUCUACAGGAAAAAAAAGACUUUUACUUUGAAAAGCUUAACAGGAGUGAACCUACACCAAAUUGUGAUUUAUGCUAGAGAUGAUAUAGAGCUACUGCAGUCCUCAGUUUAUCAUAUUUCAGUCUAUUUUUAACCAGAUCUUUGCACAGUUUGUGGAAAAAACACCAUGGCUUACUCACUUAAUAUGCAGGUCAAAAUGGAAAUUGAGCCUUUCCCGAGAAGUGCCCGAGGGUAGAGUUGGCUUUAGACAUGCAGCCGAGGUUUACCGCACCAAACUGUACUGGACCAGAGUGGAUCACUUGGUGGAAAUGCACUCCUGCUAUAAACUUUAGGUUUGGUGGUGAUUUUGGUGCCUCCCUGUAGACAAAGAGUGCAUCACUAUUUUGGCCUCCUUCUACACGUUUUUUUUUUUUUUUUUUUGACACAGAAACUAAUUCCACUUCUAAUGUAAUGUCAUUCUAAUGUGAAAUAUGUAAAAAAGCCUUUUUUCCUGCUGACCUUUAAUCUUACUUUGUGUGACACCUACCCCCCAAGCAGCAGUUCAGGCAUGAAAAAUAGCUUAUGGACCUUAUGGAACCUUAUGGAAAUAAUUAAUCCUGAAUCUGGCAGUCUUGUCUGCUUUUGUAGCUCAUAAAGUGACAUCAGUAUUCAUUUUUACUGGUUCCAUAACCAGCUAAAGUUUCCUCACAGGAGCUUUAACACCUAUAUGUCUUAUUCUUAGCUGUUACAGGCCCCAGCUAAUGUAGCCACAGUGCUGAACUGACCAAACAACACCGCAUGAAAUACCCUCAAACAUUCAACUAGACUGGGUUUAUUAUUAUCAAUUCAAACCAUAGACUGUAUCUGGAAUGGACGCCGUCUGCCUCCUCACUGGGUGAAGCCACCCUGAGAACAGCACCCUCUGGUGACGGGCUGCAGUAUAGGUCAUAAAUCCCGCCUCCGCCAGCCAUCCCUGUGGAGCUGUGGACAAACUUUGGGAAUUUAUUACACAGAAUAUACAUUUUUCUCCCCCCCUGGUUGCGAUGUUGACCUGGUCCUCUUUUUUCUGUACAGCUCCAUUUUUAAAAGUUAUUAGGGGGUUCAUGUUUUCUAUGAUUGACACUUGAUACAGCCUAUGGGUGUACAAAGGUUGCGUACCUCACCCAGGGGUUACAUUGUUUGAGCCGAGCGUCAUCACAGCGACUCUCGGCGACUCUCCCGACAAUUGCGUUCAACUGCGCAAUGUUGGUUUCAGGAAAUGGAGAAAAGUCGCAGAAAUACCAAGAACUUUUCGGCUUCAAAUCCGUAUACUGGCGGAAGAUAGAACCAAGUUGUCCAUAGUAUAUACAGUCUAUGAUAUAAACAUACAAAUCAUGUAUCAAAGACCAACAAAUGACAACAUGUAUACUCUGAAUUGACCAUCACAGUUGCCCUCAGAGGUUAGCUACAAAUGGGUCAAAGAAAUAGGACAAAUUUACGCUGGAUUAGUCAUUUCAGUAGCAAGUGAGAAUGUGUAUACCAUUAUUAAUGGAUUAAUUUUUGGUGUAAUUCCCCUCCUCGCCUUUUUAGGAGGUUUCCAUUAAAAACCACAGUGUUUGUCAAUGUCUGAAACUCACUGAGGUGUUUUUCUAUUAGCUAACUCUGGCUGUGUGAUAUUUGUCCAUAAACUCUGUAUGACAUGAUCAAUUGCCGAGUUGUGAGUAGAGUGCAUUAAGUUAUUUUGGGUCGCAUAAAGACGCCUCAACGUUCAGAUUUUAUGAGACUGAAUGUAAAGAAUGAACCUCCACGCAGUUUGUUUAACAUUCUGUAUGAGAGAGGACACACUGUCACCGGCACAAAAACACUUUAGUGUAACUGAAAACCUGCAGGAUGGAGUCUGGAGAACUUCUGGGACAGGCGCCAUAACAUAUGUGAACGCUGCUGCAUCACUCACACAGCUCUGAAAGUGACUCUGCACAUUUUUAAAAAGAAUUUCAUGGUAAAGUAUUCCUUAUAUAGAUGUCAGGUCUUCCCCUGAAGACGAUCAAAAUUUAAAGGUACAUCUUAGCAACAAGGAGCAGAGAAACUUUCUUAUUCUGCCUUUAAGGACAUUUUCUACUGCAUUAGUUUCAGGUGAAAGAUAGUGGGAGUGUUUUAUUCUCUCAUCUGUUACUGAUUCUCACUUUUAACCUUGCUGUUUGUGAGCCUUUCCACUGGCUUUUAAUGUCAACAGUAUUUAUGGGACUCUUCCACUUUCUAGUGAGUCUUAAAAGCAAAGAACCAACUUUUAUUUUUUAGAAGGUGCUGUGUGAGUAAACGCUGAGAGGGAUGACACCGAUUUCACCUCACAAUGAAAUCCUUUUAAGAGAAAGCACAUUACUCCUAAGCCGUCUUUUCUAGUGAUGUCUGAACUACAGUCUAUCUCAUUUUUUCACUGAUAAAAAGUCUGCUGACGAAUACUGAAGGAAUAAACUCAUAAAGGUGAUUCAGAGAGGUCAUGAAACAUCCUAACCCCAUCAUUAUUACAAACAAUUGUGAUCUCCAUGGGAACCGAAAUACCCCAGUAUUUCUCUGUAAUGCUCCCCGACAUCUGAACCAAUGGGGACUCUGGUCACCCCGUUAAACAUCACUGAGUGAUUCAUACCCACUCCUCCGGCCUGAACAACAUCCAGAGCCACAAGUCUGAUCCGCUGUAGUCGAGGCCCUUUUAGAAAUGUGGCACAGAGUUGAGCAAGGCUGAUUUGUGCCCCGAUGCUGCUGCCAAGACUGCCCAAACCGCUGUUUAGCCGAGAGAAAGUAGAAACCUCAGGGCAAGCUGUGUAAAGUAAGCGGGGAAUGCUCUGCGUUAGACUUUUCUGGCUUCUUCUGACCUGUGUAAAACUACAAAAACAUGUACUGCUAACUUUACUGCUGGUGCCACUAAGCGAGGCCUGAAAUCAUGUCCUGUUUGAACUUAACCGUGACAAAUAAGCUUUUCUUUUUUGCUGCAAGCGUACAUGGAGACAAAGAAAACAAGUUAUUGCGUUCAAUCCCUUGAUUAGUGUGGCUCAGGGAUGCUGGCUGAAUCCAUCAGGCUGAAGGAAGAAGUGAGGCUUCAUGCCUCGGUCUAAACUCGAGUGUUCAACUAUGCCGGCCACAGAAAAUCAUGGCCUCCAAACUCAUACCGCUCUCGUGCAUGUGUGUGCGUAAGCAUUCCUUUGACUGAGUGUUUCCUGCUAGAUGCCCAUCAUGGUUAUUUUGAAAACGGGGAAACACGGAGGACAGAAAAGAUGACAAAUUUUUAUAAAUAACCAUAACAAAGGAGAUGAGUAAAUUUUCAAACCCGUCAAUUUAAAAAACAAGUCCUUGUCUGUGCAUUUUUAUAUGAGUAUGUGUGUAUCGUCUGCUGAAUUACCAUCACAUAAUAAUCCAGUUAUUUUAAACAGGCUGGACAAAAAGCGCAAAGAUGACUGUUUUUAGGUCAAUCAUAAAGAAAAUAGAAGUUACUUUCCAAACUAAUACCACUUGCAUGUAUAUGUGUGUUUGUCUGUGCAGGGUUUUUUGUGUUUUUCUUUUUUUUCUAUGAAAUGGCAAUAAUGUGAACAAAAAAACAAAAAGAUGAAUCUCUCCUUUUGAAAAACACCUUAAAAAAGAGAGCAGGGGUCAUUUUAUAAACCCAUACAAUCCUCAUAUUUUACUGUUUGUGUGCAUGUCUUUAAAGGCACUGUAAGGAGUUUUUAACCUGUUGAAUCUGGUUCUGAUGCCUCUUACAGACCUCGAAAAAAAAAAAAAAAAACCAUCAGCAACAAGGCAGAAAAUUUUAGUCCUACUUUUUGAUGCCUGAACUGCUGUGGAUGGAUCUGCAUCAGACCAGAUGACUGACAGCAGGCUGCGGAAACAGCUUUAUCUUAAAUAAAUGUUGCCCAUUGCAAGUCCUCACAGUGAGUGAUAUAUCACUGUAGGAAGACAACAGGAUGAGGUUUUGGUCUGAGAACAUAACGAGUGUCUUUAAGUUUCAAUGAUCCUGCUUUUAUAAACAACCUGACGGGUUGUUGGGGAAAUUACAGAAAAUGAAGCUCAUUUCCCAACAUCUAUAAAGAAAAAUUUGCUGUUUUUGAGAAAAAUCCUUACAUUUUAUGAAAGUAGGUCAUUUUUUUAGAAAUGCUGUAUGAAUGUGGUUUGUUACAAAUGAUUCAGUCUAUAUGUGGUCUGCAUGUGAGGAGGGGGGCUACAGUCAGAUUUGUUUUGCAUUCCUCUCUGGCAGAAUCAGGGUUUCAUUGCAGUACAGAUAACUAUAAACAAUGAAACGCUUUGCUCUGUUUGCUCUACUGUCAAUCAAUCUUCUCUCUCCUCUCCUCCUCUGCUUUAGUUUGGGAUUCCUCUACUGUUUCCUAUUUUCUUUCUGGUUGUCUCAUCUGUUUUGUCUGCUUCUUUACUCCUUUUUAGCAUCUGUGCACAUAUUUUGUCCUGAUGUAUGUGUGUGUGUGUGUGUGUGUGUGUGGAGUCCUGAUGAUUUGUAUUUAUGGGAUUGUCAUCAGCUAAGGGGAAAUUUCCGGGCUCUCUUUAAGCAGUACCAACUGUGCCGCUGCUUGUCUGCCUGCCUGGGGUCAAAGCUGGAGACUCAUCGCAGGUUAUUGCAGGCUUUCCUCUCUAGUCCACGAUGCAGGGUCUUUACUGUCAAGGGGAGUAAAUACAGGAGCAUGAUGGGUCAGAAGAAGCCUCUGAACACAGGGCGAGAUGUUGAAACAUCAAAGAAAAUAAAGGAUUGUUGUAUAAUUUAUAUUUCUCUCUCUUUUUUCACCCUCUUGAAGGUCACAUUUCGUCUGGAGUUCGAGUUUAGUCAGACUGUCUUCCUGGAUCAUGUCCGGAUUAUCCUGGAGGCUGGAAGGUGCGAACAUCUUUAAAUUUCAACGUUUUCCAUAAAAUGUUUGUCACCCUGAGUCUUUUCCUCUUUGCAUGUAGAGAAACAUGUCUUCAUUUUUGUUUUCUGCGUCUGUGCUCAUGCCUGCAACUUGGAAUAUUUCCUGUUUUCUCAACAGUGAUGGAGAGGAAGUGAGCACAGCCGAUAAUUUCAACGACAUCUAUUACACACUGAAAUACGAGGCAGACCUUCUCUUCACUAGGUUUGUCAUGUUUUUGACUAACUGUGUUUUGUGCAAGUUCUUGUGGUAGAUUUCAAAAGCAAUGAAUGCGGAAAUGCGAGAACAAAGCGAUUGGUCAGCAUCUGGAAAUACUUGAAGAAUAAGGUUCAGUGUUGGAAAAUAGGAUGCAGAUAUUGAAGCUGGAUGUGAACUUUGAUAUCAUGUAGUCCACUUCACAACAUGUGCUUUAAGACCACUUAAACGGGAAAUAAUCAGCCACUCAAGUUUUUCGUUAUUUGUGUUUGUUCUUUACUUCAAAAGAGAUUCCAAUCCGACUCGGUACGAGAUCAAAUCAGAGCUGUCGCUGGAGGAGCCGGGAGUUAUCGGCCCUCCUUUUAACUUCACAUUCCAGGUGAGAGCCAAAAGCAUCCUCACAUUAAAAAAAAAGUUAAUUUACUGUAAAGGAAAACACUGCAUGGAAAUAAGUGACCUCUUGUUGUGCUUUAGAUCCAGAACCUUGGCUACUUUCCGGUAAAGGAUCUACAGCUGAACAUUGAGAUCCCAGAAAUGACCAAAAAUGGGAAUCAACUCCUGCAGAUAGCCGACUUCUAUAUUGACCAGGUGAGUGUGGAGUGUUAAGUGUCCCUGUAAAGUCACUGAAUCUGUACACUUUUUUAAGAAUAACAAGACAUUUUUGUUCUUCAAACGGUUAAAGACCACCUCUGCUCAGAAAGGAAAAAAGAGAACAGACCCUCUUUGUGUAUCAAGAGUAGCUAAAGUUGGGUAUCGUGAUCCAUGGCACACAGGCUUUUUUAGUUUUUAUAGCCUUUGCUUGGAUUAUUUCUCCAACAUAACAUCAUAACACAAUGAUUCCUUACAACAGUCAAUGGUUAAUGGAUGUAUUGCAAUUUAAGCGGGUCGUAUUUCCUAGCUGGACCAACAUUUCUUACUAAAAACAGUCAGCUCAUGCUAGCUAACAUUAGCCAAAUGAGUUGGAAAAUGUUGUCUGGCUUUUGAUUUCCUCUCAAAAUUGACGAAAGAGGCACAGGAUUUGUUGCCAAGAAUAUCUAACGGUGGAUUGAUGACUUAAAAGUGUUUUUUGUGUCUUAACAUAACAAGAAACUGCUGUGACUUUCUGAAACGCUAUGAGGGUUCUGCUCCCAAAACUGUUGAGGUUAGCUUUGCAAAGGAUCAAGGUUUUGGUUCAAACAAUAAGUCAAGAGCAGAAUAGUUUGUUAUCCUUGGUUUUCCUGGAGAUCCCUCUCGAUCUGCACAGUUUUCAGCGUUUCACAAUAAAGAAGUUUUAAAGCUAAGCCAGCCUAAACAUGUCCUGACUCAAACUCUCCACUUAUCAUUAAUAUACUGUCUUCCCAAUCCAUUCCUCCAUUCUGCAAAGUAUUGUUGGUGUUAUUGUCAUUAACAGUGUCUCUGCAGAGUUGAGGUGAUAAUGUGCUAACUGGUAUUUUUAACUCACCUCACACAGAGAGACGGUUCACACUGUUUACCACCUCAGCAUGUGGCACACAGCAGGGCAUCACCCGAGGACCUUUCACGUUUCUCUCGCCUGGUACAGUACAAACUAUCUAUAUGUAUUUUACCAGUGAAACUUUCAUACGGAUUACGCUAUGGUCAGCUUAUGUCUGUUUUCUCUUUCCAUAGAAUCAAACCAACACCCUGACUUUGCCAAUCCAGUGCACUGUCAAUGUGGCCUCCCACAGAGAAAUCCCAGUCAGAAUCACAGGAGCGCUGAGAAUAGAUACUUUACAUGCAGUGAGUAUAAACCUCCCAGCAUGCAUACAUAAAAACCAGAGAUCCUCAGAUUUAUGAUUACACAUUUGUAUUCAGAUCGGAGAUUCAUCUUCCUGCUGCUCUGCUUUAACUCUGAUGAUGACAGCUUUGUUCUCUCUCUGCUCUGUGAUAUGUUUGUAGAAACUGGCAACAUGUUUUCCUUUUCUUUCCAGCUGAAGUUUAAAAUCUUGGAGCUGGUAACCAGUGCAUCAGUGGAGCUUCCCUCCUCCAGCCCCAUGUUCUUACACGAAGAGAGGCCUGUCAGACAUGUGAGUCAAUGACAGCUGAUGCUGUAAACUGUCUGCUCGGUCUGACCCGAGUCAGAUCUGAGCUCACAGUUGCAUCAUAAAUCUAACCAGACGUAGUCUUUGAUUUCUUUCUUUGUCUCUCUGUGGUUAUAGAGAUCAGACCGGGCUAUAAAACUUAUUGAACAUGGAAGUAAAUAAUAAAACAGUUCAAUAGCCAUUAUAAUCUUAUUUAUAGUACACAAAUAAAUGUUGCUGCAUUGACCCUUUUAUAAGCAGUAUUGUCAGACUUAGCUUGGCUCAUGGAAACUGAAUGAGUAGAGAAACAAGAGUAAAUCUUGGUGUUAAAGCACAUGUGCUGUAUGGUGCUCAGGGACCGAAAGGACCAGCGGCACAACGUGUAAAACCCUGAGCAAGUAAAUUAAUCUUUGCUGCCAUCUAUUGGCCUGGACAAACAGCUGCAUAUUGCAUCUUUAUCUUGUCUUUUUUAGACAAUUAUCACAGGAAUGUAGUUAUUUAAAUUUUUUUAUUAUAUAUCAUGUUUGGAUCACAAUAAAAAUGGUAUCAGUAUUAUUGCCUGUGAAUGUAGCAGCUGCACAUUUAGUGUUCUUAGUCAUUACAGACUAUCAUAGAUUGGCACUCUCAUGCUCAGUGUAUGAUUAUUAGUGACUGCAGUCCCACCUCAGUGAAAGUAAUGAGAUUUUCUUGUCUGGCGAUUCAAACUCCAUCCUGUUGUUUUCACAGAUUGUUUUGGAGAUCAGGAGGGAGGGAGAUUACAGAAUCUCCAUCUGGAUUAUUAUUGGCAGCACGCUGGGAGGACUCCUACUGUUAGCCCUUCUCAUUCUAGCUUUGUGGAAGGUAGGUCACAGUUAUCAAUCACAGAGGAAGAGCAUAUUGAAUCAACAGAAACUAUUGCUUCGUGACUUACUGUGUGUCUUCACAGAGAGCCACAGGACUGUUGUUUUCCCCACAGAAGGUUAUUAAGGACUCUAUUUAUGACUGAACUUAUCUGACUCUCCUAAAGUUGUUGGAGGUUUUUUAUGUGACCCGAAAUGGCACAACAGUACUGAAGUGUAUGAUUAUACUGCCACCUUUUGGUAGUACAUGAAACAAUGCCUGUUAAGGACAAAAUGUAGAGAUUGAUAAAUAAGGCUGAGAAAUAUGUACAUAUAACAAACAAAGCAUCAACAAUUGUAUGUAUAUGAACACUUGUGAGUUUUCUCCAUUUCAAAAGAAAUAGUCAAACUCUCAAUAAAGACGAUGCUUUUGUAUCUAUGACAACAAAAGGAGACACUGACACAGGCUCCAGUCAACAGAAUUUUAUUGAAUGCAGUAGGGGGCCCCCUGCUGGCCAUCAUUAAGAAUGCAGUUUAUGAUUUCUUAUAAUGGUCACAUGAUGAAAACUGCACCAUUACCAUUGGUUGAUAGAGAACAAUAACAUCAUUUCAAAAUCAGCCACAGGGAUUUUUCCGUGAAAUAUAUAUGUAAACAUCCAAGAACAAUCCUGAACGCCUGCUUGUACCUUUUUUCAGUCUUUCACUUCUCUUCCUCCCAGCUUGGAUUCUUCCAGAGGCAGAAGCGGAGGGAUGACGAUGAGCAAGAGGCAAACGGGAAAGUGGCAGAAGAGCGGUAACGCAGGCUGAGGGCCCCCCAGCAGACACCUUUUCCACAGGGGACCCAUCACUCAGGGACCAACCCACCUCCCCGCUGCUCCCCAACAACACAGUGGCACAGCAAAGACAGCUCUGCAUGACCGCUGAAGAGAGGCUCGCUCAGCGCACUGGAUCUGUCCCACGCCACAACCCCUGA